CCCUCUUCCUUCUCUCUCUCUCCCCCCUCUCUUUUCUCUUGGUUAUUAUAUUUACAUUUCAAAUGUUAUUUGAUGCCAGGCUGUCUCAGAUCACAUGGUAAAAGGUGACGCAGAGCCUCAAUGAGCCUGUAUUAUCCGAGCCUCUGAUAACUCUCAUUUUCCUCUCUCCCCUCCCUCUUGUAGUUGAGAUUCUUUUUAACUGAAACCUGAGACCUACUCAUCUAUGUAGCUUUGACUAUCUUGCCUCAGCCAUUCCAUUACAUGUCAGAAGGGCCCACCUCCCUGCCAUUAAUCUUUUAGAAUCUGCCUUCCAUUCCUGCCUUGGGAGAAACGUCUAGUGUUUGGCUGGACUGUUGAGAUUGGUUGUUUAUUCAAGGAAGGUCUUGGGCCAAAAUUAAAGGCAUGUGAUGAAUAAAGGCAUUGAUAAAUGAACUUGACUUUCAGAGGUUAAACCAAAGACAGGCAUUCCCUACUUCCUUCAGGUCCUAACUGCUGCAAAGACUCUGUUGUUUAAACAUAGGCCUUGCAAAUAGAAGGAGAAACAAGAGGAACCACUUAGCACAGUGCUUCCUUAUGGCAUCCGGAAUGUGAUGGUCACCAGACUGUUUCCUAACCUUGUCUUUAUCCUUCAGACCUAGGUCCAUUUCUAAAUUGACAUCAGAGAUGGAAUAAACCUUAUCUGGCUUUAUCACCCUUCAGUAGCUCCCACUGGCCAAAAGGAAGAACCCGACAUUCUUGUCUAGAUACACAGAUGUUUCCCCAUCUUCUUGUCAGCUUCUUCCUCUGGAAUGUGUCUCCACCUCCCUGUAUGCCCACAAGCAUUCUAGGAAUGUCACCUUCUCCUUUUCCUGCUACAUUCCCCCCUGCCUGUACCUCUUGUCUAUCAUUAACCUGCCCAACUGUUCUUCAGCCAAUGAUGUUCAGUUCGGAGCUAAGGGUACCUCCCAUCUAUGGUUGGCCUGAGCUGUGCAGCUCUCUGUGUGGACUUUAAUCAAAAGAAUACAUGGGAUGCAAAACAAGGUCUUGAAUUUAUUGUUUACCCCGUGGUAUCAUUGUGUUUGUGUUGUAAGACUCUAAUGAGCCUUAGCUUACUGGGGAACCCCCUUCCCCCCUCCCCCCAGUUAACAAAAUGAUGCAAAAGCAAGAGGAAUUUAUUGUUCCAGUAUGCUGGGGUCAUCAUCCUACACCUGAAGGAGAGGCAGACUGUUCGGCCAGUUUUUAUACAGUUUCCAGACGAGGAAUAGAGCAUCAGCAACUAGGCAUAAUAUAAUUGGCAGAACAGUGCACCCUUUAAACUGGUUGGUCUUUAGGGAAUGAGGUAGUAGGGGUUUAAUCAGUCUCUCCCUUCUGGCCUACAUGCUCUCUGACCUGUCUCUUCCAGGAAGGGAGGGGUGUGAUGGAAUUUUCCAAUGGCUCUGAGCUGACCUCUUCAAUGUUACUUAACCCCACUGUACAUGAAGUUUCUCUAGUCACAAGGCAAGGUCCAUUACAUUGAGUCUCUCUGAGACCUCUUAGCACUUAGAUCCUUCGUAUCAUAAAGCUUAUUUCCAGAGCAGUUCAUUAAUAGUACCAAGAUUUAAAAUUAGGGCAUGAAGGGAGGUGAUUAUCAAACAAAACAAAAUGAAACAAACAAGCAAGCAAACAAACAAACAAAAACACCUGUUAAACUUUCUGUUCUUCUCACCAAAUUGUAAGGGUGGAAAUCAAGAUCAAAAAGUCAGUAUGAUAGCUUCUCUGGACUCCCUGAGGAAGCUGGUAUUGAUCCUGUUGGUAUUUGCCUAGGUUUUUUCUGGAUACCCUUUUCUGAUUAUUUUCCUUUAGAAUCUAUCUCUACUUUUUGUCUAAGUGUUGGGGACGAGAGCUAGGGCCUCAUGCUGUACUUACCUUUUGAAAACAUAUUGAAGAGUCAGUAUUUACAUGAUUAUACAGUUGUCUGAAAUUUUAAAACAAGCUAGUGAUGUGUUUAUAAAAAGACAAAGAGAAGUAAGAUAUGUUCUAUGAGGGUGUGGUGAGGUGUGGGGGAAAGGGGUGCCUCGGUGGGCCCAUGUUGAGGCAUCUCUUUCCCCUGAGGGACCAGCCACACGGUAUAGUAUAGAAUAGUUUAUUCAGGGAAUGGGGAGGGGAGUUAAGAGGGUAGUAGAGGCAGAGAGAGGGAGAGAGUAGAGAAGUAGAGGCUAGCCAUGACCACGUGGAGAGAGGGAGAAGGGAGGGGGAAGAGAAGAGCCCAAGUGGGCAAGAGAGAAGAGGCAAACAGGAAACAGGAGUAAGAGAGAGAGGAAGAGGCAAGCAGCCCCUUUUAUAGCAGACCAGGCCUACCUGGCUAUUGCCAGGUAAUUGUGGGUUGGAGCUUAGACAGAGUACUAGCAGCUAGAUCUUUUUGUUCCUUGAGUUAAUGUUCUACACCCAUUAUCAGUUAACUUAUCAAAUAUUUCCCAGGGACUCUCAGGGUAAUGAGUGUCAAACAUGACCUGUCACACUGUGGGAUGUCUGGGAGUGGAAGGUGUGUUUGUGGAUGUUACCUGAGAGAGCAGAUAUGCCAAGAACACAGAAUGAGAACUUGUGUCACCUAAAGUACAGUGACCUGCAAGCAGGAUCUAACCUGGCAACAUGAACCCAGCCCAUACACUAAGUUUUCCUGUCUUCUGUUCCUAUAGUGCUGAUGUAUCAAGGGGUCCACCAAACCUUUCCAGAACAGAUGUAAAUCUCUCUCUCUCUUUCCUCUCUCUCUCUUUCUCUCUUCCCCCCCUCUCUCUUUCUGUGUGUGUGUGUGUGUGUGUGUGUGUGUGUGUGUGUGUGUGUGUUCAUCACUGGGGAUCAAACCCAAAGCCCAUGCUUGCAAAGCAAAUGCUACCAGUAAGCCAUAUCUGCAGCCAUCUGAUUACUUUUUAUUUAAAGUUUGAGAGUGUCCCACUAAGUCCCCUAGGAUGCUCCUAAACUCUCCCUGUGGCCCAGGCAGGCUAAUCCUGUGACUCUACUGCUACAGCCUUCUGAAUAGCUGGAUUACAUGUCUAAGUCAUUAGUCCCAGUUCCUUCCUUCCUUCCUUUCUCUCUCUCUCUCUCUCUCUCUCUCUCUCUCUCUCUCUCUCUCUCUCUCUCUCUCUCUCACACACACACACACACACACACAGACACAAUUAUUUAUUUAUGUGUGUUGAGUACACUGUAAUUGUCUUCAGACACAACAGAAGAAUGCAUCGGAUUCCAUUACAGAUGGUUGUGAGCCAUCAUGUGUUUCCUGGGAAUUGAACUCAGGACUUCUGGAAGUACACGCCAGUGCUUUUAACCCCUGAGCCAUCUCUCCAGCCCCUUCUCUCUUUCUUAACCACAGUAACGCUAACCGGAAGUUACAAAGAGGUAAUUGAGGUUGAAAAUAGACUACAGACAAGAUUUUUUUUUUUAAAGCAAUCACUUGUAUGGUCUCUGUUUCCCUUCUUACCCUAUAUAGACAUAGGAGAUUGAGCUGGGAGAAUCUUACUGGACCAAUUGUACAUGGACCAGUCCUCCCUCUUCAGGAGUCUUCUGGAAUUAUUUGGAGAUAUUUCAGUGGCUGUAGUGGCCCAUUUGGUAUUAGCAGGUUCCAGUGGGGAAUAGAAAUGAGCCUCUCCUGGUUAGAAUGGUCCUUUCCCAACCAUCUGGGGUGCCCUAUGGUGAAGGGUAGUGCAGAGUGCAGGCUCAGUUCAGAUGUUAUGUAUUGUCUUCUCCUGGUAUAGGAAAGUCAAACCUUCAUGUUCAAAGCUACUGAAAUCCAUUCCCAGGUGAGCGGUUUUGUCCUAUUCCCCAGUGUGACCGUUGGACAGGGAAUGAUUUAUAAAAGUCAUUCCGGAGAGCUCUCUUCAUUCGCUUGUGGAGUCUACCUGCUACCAAUUUGCAUUUUUAAAUCUUCCUUGGCUGCAGCUGCCACACAAAAGACUCUAUCCAGUAUGAGUGGGAGUGGAAAUGGGCAGGCGGUAAUUUGCAAAGUGGACUGGUGAAAGGCAGGAGAGGAAAGAGAAUUGUUCCAGCUUUUGAGAUCGAGAAAUGAAUAAGUGAACUGCUGGAUCAAAUUAAACUGAAAACCAGAUAAGAACUUUGUUUAAUUAGCUCUCUUCCCUAGAAAUUUAACUUUGAAUAUUUAGGGUAAAGAUUUAUGAUGUUUUGAAGCAACUGGUGUUAUUAGUUAGGGGCUUGGAACUCCUGCCAAUUCAAAAGUUUAGAGUAGCCUUUUGUCAAUGAUAACUUACAUUGUGAAGUCACCUGUGGAUAUGGGGUAUUUUUUUGUCUUAGACUAGACAAUGGUCAGCAAAUAUUUUGCAGUUGUAAGAAUGUUAAAGUAAAUGGAAGAAUGAAUGGAUAAAUAAAUACUCCUUAUGGCUUGUUAGCAGUGUAUUUCUUUUAGUUGCUGAUAAAGGCCCUGACAAAGAGCAAUUUCGGGAAGAAAAGGUUCCUUUUAGUUUUCAGCUUCAAGAGGUGAAGGUAUGACAGCGGGAGUGUAAAGCUUUCCCAGCAGUCAGAAAGCAGAAUGAUCUCGUCACAGGAAGCUGAGAGAGCAGGAACAGGAAGUGGAGCCAGGUUAGACAGCCUCAAAGCCCUCCCCAAAUGACAUACUUCCUCCAGCCAGGCUCCACCUCCUAAAGUUCCAUCACCUUCCCAAACAGCACCACCUACUAUGGGCCAGUUCAAGGUCAAACACAGUGACCUUGGGGAAUCUGAAAAUGUACUUCCAGUUGUUCCUACUCGCCUCAGCUACUGUGAUAUGUCCACCUGCAAUGGCUGUGUGGGAGCCAUUACAGUCAUUCAUUGUUGCUUAGUGAAAAGUCAGUAACAAGUUAAUUACAGUUGAUAUUGAGGUCCUAAUGGGAAAGUAAAGGGGAGAGAUGCUGGAAGGCACACCCCAAGAUGUCAGGAGGAAAAGCAAGGCUCCAAGAGGCUAGAGAUAGAAACUUGCAUAGCUGAGCACUACAGUUACCCUCUUGUGUUCCAACACUGUUAUUUUACUAAGGACUACAUCCAUGUGACAGUGUGGCCUUAAUAGAAGAUGACAGUUUGAGUCUAGUGUUGUUACCCAAAGGAAGAUUAGGGAAACCGCAGGAAAGCAGUUACCUAGAGCAAACAAACAAACAAACAAACAAAAACAUAAGAUAGACUCAGCCAAUCAGAAGAAGUCUCAGGUUUCUCCUUCCUAGGACAGGUGCAAGCUGCACCCCACUCAUUGGUGUGAACGCUUGUGGUUCUUCACUCUCUUGUCUCUACUGAUAUCUAACUUCAGCCACAGUGAGAUGAAUCUCAGGGGAAGCUCAAGAUCCAAGAGUCUCAGAAGAGGACUCAUGGAUACUUUGCACAAACCCAGGUUUCCCAGCAGACAGGGAAGUAGAGUCAAACUGGUUGCCUCUGAGCCUCAGACCUUCCCCUAGUUCAGGAACCCAGAUCAUUGCUUUGCAAAGGUAAGGACUUCUAGAAUUAGAGAAGGGACCUCUAUGAACCUCUAAAUAUUCUCCUCAUAUUAUCAGUGUGGGUAAUAUGUGAAGGAUGAGUUAUAUGCUACAUCCAAGUUCUUAUUCUAAGCUAUUAACGGAAUUGAGGCUGAAAUGAGGCUCAUAAACUCUGGCUUUGUAUUGUUUUUGUAUUAAAUGUGUUUCUUCUCAGUAAAUUUAUUUUCUGCUGAGAUAAUUCUAAAUGUUUCCAAAACUUUUUAAAAGAUUGAUUGAGUGAUUGAUUGAUUGAUUGAUUGAGUGUGCUCUAUCUGCAUGUACACUUGCAUGCCAGAAGAGGGCAUCAGAUUCCAGUAUAGAUGGUUGUGAGCCACCAUGUGGUUGCUGGGAAUUGAACUCAGGACCAUCUCUCCAGCCCCUCUAAAACUUAUAAGCGUCAUUUAAAAAUCUCAUCUGUUUAUACUUUAUAAAUAACUGAAUUCAUAUUAUCUCUUUCAGACAAUCAAAAAAAAAAUUGAAGGCAGGGAGGGUCAUAGUAUGUAAUGCUGGCUAGCCUGGAAAUCACUAUGUGAUGGUCUACAUAGUGGCCUUGAACUCAUAAGAUAUCCAACUGCUUCUGCCUCCUGGGUACUGGGAUUAAAGGCUUGUGCCACUACAUCAGGGCUAAUUUUUAUUUCAAUUUCAAACUUGUAGUUUUCAGGGCCUAUGACAUGGCUCCAAGAGAGCUACUUGCUGCCAAACCUGACUACCUGAGUUCGAUCUCUGACACAAACAUGGGAGAAGAAAGGAACCAGCUUUUGAAAGUUGUCCUCUGGCCUCCAUACUUGCACCAGGGCAGGCAUGUUUAUCUGCCACAAAAUAAACAGAACCAAUGUCAAAAAUUACGAUUGAAACAUAUGGUUUAUUUUCCUAAUUGAAAACACUGAGAAGGGGAUUCGUUUUUUUUUGUUUUGUUUUGUUUUGUUUUUCUGAUAGAGAUGAGACUAUGCCAGGGCCUAGCAAACACAGAAGUGGAUGCUCACAGUCAGCUAUUUGAUGGAUCACAGGGCCCCCAAUGGAGGAGCUAGAGAAAGUACCCAAGGAGCUAAAGGGAUCUGCAACCCUAUAGGUGGAACAACAAUAUGAACUAACCUGUACCCCGGAGCUCUUGUCUCUAGCUGCAUAUGUAUCAAAAGAUGGAUUUCCUCACUGGAAAGAGAGGCCCAUAUGGACAUGCAAACUUUAUAUGCCCCAGUACAGGGGAACGCCAGGGCCAAAAAGUGGGAGUGGGUGGGUAGGGGAGUGGGGGGCAGGGUAUGGGAGAAUUUUGGGAUAGCAUUGGAAAUGUAAAUUAGGAAAAUACCUAAUAAAAAUAUAUUUAAAAAAGAAAAUUAUAACUACAGCUUUAACAAUUUUUCCUUGAAAGGAUUAAGAAAAGAAAAAAAAAAUUUAGAAUCUGAGUUGUUAUAGGUUUAAAUGAGAGGAACUCCAUAGAAGUCAGACCUCUUGGCCCCUUGGAGGCAUCAGCAAAUAGAACAUGUCCAUCAUCUUAAAUGACCUAAACAUUUUUGUUUAGGUUUGCCAGGCAAUAUGUAAGACACCCAGUUAAAUAAGAAGUGUUGUCAGAAUUUUAGACAAAUAUUGUUUUUCUAGUAUAAAUACACACUAUCUCUUUGGAAUUCAAACUCUAAAAGACUCACUGAGGGACCAGAGAGAAGCCUCAGAGGAUGUGAGUGCUGACCAUUCCUGCAGGGACCUGGCUUUGGUUCCUAGCACCCACAUGGCAGCUCACAGCUGUCCAUAUCCCUGUUCUGGGGCAUCCAAUGCCUUCUUCUGAUUUCUGUGGGCCCCUGCGCUUGUGUGAUGUAUAGACAUACACAGGAGUGUGCACACACACAUAUAAGCAUAGACAUUAAAAUUCCCCAUUCACUUAAUAUAUUGAUUUACCUGAGAAUCCUGAAUUUUCUUUGCUGAACCUAACACCCUAUUUAUCCUUCCUUAUACUUAGGUUUCCUAUACUUUUCAUAGGAAGUAAAAUACAAUAUAUUCAUCCCUUUUGGUUUUUACUGCACCACGCUCCGAUGGUCAUGUUUCUAUAAAAACUACCAAUCUCCCUUUCAUUGUCUGUCCACUCUUUUUGUGGGGGCUGACCAUUGCUUACAAUGGACAUAUAUUACAUACACACACACAUACAUAGUAUAUAUGUAAUGUAUUAUAUAUUAUAUUACAUAUAUUACACAUAUGUAUAAAGUUCAUAUAUGCAUAUGAACACAUAUAUGAUCAUAUAUUCAUAUGUGACAUGAAUAUAUUCAUAUAUAUUCAUGUGCAUAUGUAUAUAUAUAUCAGGAAUCAGGAAUAUAUCUAUAUAUCUAUAUAUCUAUCAGAAAUCAGGAAUAUAUAUAUAUGUACACACACAUAUAUAUAUCAGGAUCCACUGUUUAGUCCUGGCUCUUCAUUUUUGGCAAUAUUAUUUUUAGGUUUAAUUCCUCAACCUUUUGGGUGUGAGGAAUUAUUGGUACACACGAAAUAUAAAAAUAUAAGUUUCAGAAGGACUGAGGAUCAGGCUCAGGCCCAUGACGUGAAGGAUCUGGCAAGUGCAGCAAGAGAACAAAGAGAAGGAGCAAUAAUCUGUGGGCAGCUAGAUCCUGGGGGGCGGGGCUCCAGCAGGGAUGCUGUGUGGGCCGGCGUGUAAUGCAUGAAGGCACAUUAAUUAAUGAGAGAGAAACGAAGCGUCCAGGCAGAGUGGGGGAAACUGCGAAGGCCCCAAUGUGUGAAUCAGCGUGGCUGAGGCUUGUUGAGAUCCUGCAGAGAUCUGACAUGGGAAAAGCUUUCUGAGCGUGGUUCCGAUAGGCCCCAGAUCGGCCAGGCUGGCAGUGACCUGUCCAUCUCGUUUCAAGAGGAAACGGUACACGGGUUCUCAACCUGUGGGUCGCGACCCCAGGAAUUGCAUCUCAGGUGCCUUGUGUGUCCGAUAUUUACAUUACUAUACAUAAUCGUAGCUACAUUAUAGUUCCAAAGUAGCAACUAAAAUAAUUUUAGGGUUUGGGGGUCACCACAACACGAAUGGUCACAGCAUUAGAAAGGUUGAGAGCCUCUGGAUUAGAGUUAGGGAAGUCAUCUUAGAGACCGCUGUAAUCUUCCUGCUCAGAAAUGAUAACUCAGAGCUAGGGUUGCAAUCUCUGAAUAAACAAACAAAAAAAUAAACAAACAAAAAACCCAACAACAACAAAACAGUAUUACACAGAGCUUACAGAGCUAAAAUCACCAUCUCUCAUUGGUCAAUGAGAUGGUAGCUCACAAACCCCAUGAUGUGAUUGUGUUCUAUAUUAAACAGUAGAAGUGACUUGGAGAUAAAGGGGCUUGCUGCACAAGCCCGGGAACCUGAGUUCAAGUCCUGGAGCAUGGAUAACGGUGGAAGGAAAGAUGUGGUUCCACAGAGUUGUCCUCUGGCCUUGGCAUGUAUCCAAGGCAUGUCAUACAUGCAUACAUACAUGCAUUUCUAAUAAAUCAGUGAGAAUAGUAGGAAUGUACGUGCAUUUAAGUAUGUAUGUACAUAAAAGUAUAUACUUGUUUGGGGGAAAGCUGCUUUAUUUUAUUUAAAAAAAAAUCAAACAUAUUAACCUUAGGGUCCUUCCUCCAUAUUUCUUUUUAAAUUUUUAAUUAAAAUAAAGUUACUUCAUUUCUCCUUCCCUCAACGCUUUCCAUACCGUCUGCUCUCCAAAUUCAUGACUCUUUUUCUUAAAUUAUUAUUGUCUCUCUCACACACACACACACACACACAAACACACACAUGCACACAUACAAGCACAUGUACACACACAGCACACACAUACACACACAAACACACAUACACUUUUUUAAAGGACACUUUCCAUUGUAGUGUACAAACACUAGUUUCUUUUGGGUGGUUAUCUUCAUAGUGUGUCUCUAUGAAUAUUUGUUUAUCAAAAGUCUAAGAAUAUUUCUGACAAAGAUGGUAAAACUCAUUUUUUCAAAUUCCUUCCUUCAAAAAAUUUCACAGGAGCCGGGUGGUGGUGGCGCAUGCCUUUAAUCCCAGCACUUGGGAGGCAGAGGCAGGUGGAUUUGUGAGUUCAAGGCCAGCCUGGUCUACAGAGUGAGUUCCAGGACAGCCAGGGCUAUACAGAGAAACCCUGUCUCGAAAAACCAAAAAAAAAAAAAAAAAAAAAAAAAUUUCACAGGAAGUAAAUGUAGUCUAUUUAUUCCUUUUGGUUCUGACUGCUCCAUCCUCCGAUGGCCACACUGUCCCUCCUUCAACAGUGGUGGCUAUGUUUCUAUGAAACCUCCCUGCGUCCCUGUAUUUCUCUGUAACAUUCUUCCUGCAUGUGCUAACCACUGCUCACAUUUUCAGGAUCCACUCUUCAGUCUCAGCCUUCUCCAAAUAUGAUUGGACAUCAGUAUUUAAGAUCAAAACUACUGAGGACUGGGGAGAUGGCUCAGUGGUUAAGAGCACUGACUGCUCUUCCAGAGGUCCUGAGUUCAAUUCCCAGCAACCACAUGGUGGCUAACAACCAUCUGUAAUGAGAUCUGAUGCCCUCUGCUGGCAUAUAGGUGUACAUGUCAAUAGAGCACUCACAUACAUUAAAUAAAUAAAUAAGUAAAUAAAUAAAUAAAUCUUUAAAAAAAUCAAAACUAUUAUGUAAACCAUCAAACCAGACUCACAUGGUUAACUAGCUGAACACACAGCUCCUGUAUGUAUUUUCCGUCUGGCCCUGAACACACAGAUCAGCUCCUGUAUGUAUUUUCCAUCUGACCCCUGACCGCAUUUGACUUCUCAUUACCCUUGGGGCAUGGGGAUGACCCUCUGUUCUGCUGGCCUCUCUGGAGUUGGUGAUAGCGAAAUACUUCAUUUUUACCUCCCCCACACCCAGCAGAUGUGUUCCUUGCACAUAUGUCAUCGCAUCUUAUUUAUCAUGCUGCAUUAUUGCAGAGGUCUAUGGAGAGACCUCUUGUUUGCUGCAUUUCCCUGAAGAUAGAUCCAUUUGGGCCCAAAACCAAACAUGAGUGUUUCUGAGCAGUACUAAUGGAUUCUGUGUGUCUCUAUUACCGUAUGGAUUCUGUUUCACUGAAGUCCACAGAAGGCAGCAAGUGGCUAAACAGGUCUCCAUUCCAUGCCACCCUCAGCAAGAGGCAGAUCAGCGGUCAGGACAGGACUAACUCAUUGAGAACAGUUCUCCAUGAGCAUGCUCUAAUAUGUAAAUGUAAAUGUUCCUAAAUGAAAAUGUCAGAGGUUCUGGGCAGUGGAAAUAAGUCUUGCAAUAGGAAACAUGUCUAACAAGUUACAGAUCUCUUAGGAACCAAGGACUAGACAAUGACAUCAGGCCCAUAAUGCCAUCCUUUCCUUUUGUACUUAGUUUCCAAUGUGGGCUUACAGCACCGGGGCACAUGCUUUAGCUUUAGGAGGUGGAGCAAUGGCUCUAUGGUAAAGAACACAUACUGCUCUUGGAGAAGGCUUGCGUCAGUUCCCAGAUCCCGCUAUGUGUGACUCCCAGUGCCUUGUACCUCCAGCUUCAACAAAGCCGAUGGACUCUUCUGGCCUCUGCAAACACCUGAACUCCUGUGUCCUAUACAUACUUUCAAGCACAUACACACACACACGGUUUUUUUAAAAAAACUUAAAUAAUCUAAAACACACUUUGUAGUUGCAUAUUUAUUGAUUUCCCAGAAGCCUUCCAAAUGGACCCUUCGCAAGUCCCUUUUGUCUGAGGAAAACUGCUGGUCUUCUAUACAUCUGCAGGGUCACAUAAUUGCAUAGACAGGAUCACCACAAUUUUUCCGAAGGGUGAUAGAAUCUGUGACAUUGGGUAAUAGGAUCUGUGCCAUGAAUGAUUCUGCUCUAGAGUUCAAGAGAUGGGCCAUAGAGAGUUCCAUCUGGGGAGUCUGUAGAAGGAUGCAUGCACCACAUUUGAUCAUCCUUUCAGACACUUCCUCUGUAGUUUAGGCUGAGGUGCUUGGCAUAGAUGAUUUAACCAUCGGGACGUCAUCUGACCAGGUGCUACUGGUUUCAUGCACCUCCUCUUUCACCUCAUGAGUUCUUCCACAGUGAACUCAGCACCAUUCCACAGCGAGCUCAGCCCCAGAACAUCAGAAGAGGAAGCAGACUUCUUUUAUGAGCUCAUUAUCCCCCUUAGCCAAAAUGAAGUCUUCAUCUAAGAUCAUAAAACCCGAGAGAGGAAAGACUGCUCGAUUUUGUUAACAAUACCCUCUAAUGAAAGGGCUCAAGAUUAGUGUCCUAGGAGGUGAUAAUUACUUUGCACUUCAUAGCUCAGUUCUGUAAAGUUAGAUUUUACUAUGUUACAAAUUACUAACAAGCAGAUUUAGACUGCAAUCCAUUCUUUCAUCAAUUCAUUAACUCUCUCGAUUGUUUAUUAAAUCUUGAUUAUGCACGGAAUAGCACAUUGGGAAGGACUAAACAGAUGAAGGAAGUAGGGAUGGGAACUGCUCUUAGGUGGCUUUGGAGAGAAAUGGAAGGUGUACCUGAAAGUAAUUAUGUAUGAUCCUUAUGAUGGUUAUAUAUGCUCGGCCCAGGGAGUGGCACUAUUAGAAGGUGUGACCUUGUAGGAGUGGGUGCGGUCUUGUUGGAGUAGGUGUAUCACUGUGGGUGUGAGCUUAAGAUCCUCAUUCGAGCUGCCUGGAAGCAAGUAUUCUGCUAGCAGCCUUCAGAUGAAGAUGUAGAACUCAGCUCCUCCUGCACCAUGCCUGCCUGGACGCUGCCAUACUUUUGCUUAAUGAUAAUGGACUGAACUUCUGAACCUGUAAGCCAGCCCCAAUUAUAUGUUGUCCUUAUAAGAAUUGCCUUGGCCCUAGUGUCUGUUCACAGCAGUAAAACCCAAACUAAGACAAUCCUUAAUAGAUAGUCCUCACUACUGAGAGAAAAUCCCUCAAACACUUUGUAGUUUUUCUAUGGACUGGAUGUAGUGAACAGUGUAGACAACACAGUGGAAAAGGUACACAGUGUCUGUUUGGGUGCUGCCUUCCUUCAGGCUUCCUGCUAGCUAUCUGGUGAUUGACAGUGAGAUUUUUUUAAAGGUUGCAUAGUGCACUGACCAGGUUUUCUAAAGAAACAGAACAUGUGUGUGUGCAUGAGAGAGAGAAUACACAAUUAUGGCUGCUAAGCAUCUGUAAAUGCUAAAUAUACAGGGUAGUUAACAGAGCCAUCCAACCCAAAAGCCUGAGAACCUCAGGGAGCCAUGCUGUAGGUUCUUAGGAUCUGAAGAUUUGGAAACCACAGAAUCAGUCCUAUUGGUUCAUAGGAUAUGAUGGCCUUGGAACCAAAUUGGACAAUAAUAUUCCAGUUCUGGCAAACAGGCAAGGAAAAGUAGGUCCCUUUGGUUCUACCGAGUCUCAGGGAGUGGGAGAGGCUUACAGUAUUAGUUGCUUUCAUUAUUACUGUGACCAAAUACCUAAAAAGAAGCACCUUAAGUGAGAAAGGAUUUAUCGUGGCUUGUAGUCCAUUGUGGUGGGGAACAUAUGGUUGAACAAGCACAUGCCUUGACUCCUUAUGGCUUCACAUCUCAAUAUAAGAGUAAACUGGCCCGAGACAGGAAGCAGGGUAAACUGUAAAGCUUAAGGCAUUUGGACCAGAAAGAUGAUCAGCAGUUAAAAGCACUGGCUAUUUUUUCAAGAGGACCCAGGCUUAAUUCUUUUUGUCUAUAUUGAAACUCACAACUGUUUACAACCCUAAUUCCAGGGGAUCCCAUGCCCUCUUCUGGUCUCUAUGGACACUGGAUAUAUUGUACAUGUAGGCAAAAGACUGGCACACAUGCAUACAUGUGUUCACACAUGAAUAAUAAUAAUAAUAAUAAUAAUAAUAAUAAUAAAUUUUUAAAACCUGAAGAUCUGUCCACUUCCUCCAGUGAGGCUCCACCUUUUCAUGGUUUUAUACCCUGCCAAAAUAGCACCACCACCUGGCUUCUAAGUGUUCAUAAACAUAUUACCUACAGGGAUAUAAUUUUACCAUAAAUUCAUGGGGGAGAACUAAAUCAAACAACUGAAAUAAAGCACACUGAAGGCAAAUGCAGAGUGUAACAUUUAGUCUAGGAAAUGAGUGUAUAUCCGGGGAAACCACCAGAAUAACCCUCUCAGUGUCCUUUGCCUACCGACUGGCUGCAAAUGUGUCUCUGGAUGCUGCCUUACAGUACCCAGGGAGGAGCAGUAAUCUCCAUCCUCACACACCUUCUACCAGACACUCUUAGGGCACAUCAUUUGUUUUUGUUCCCUGCUAUGGUACUCAUAAACUUACUAAAAAAAUUUCUUUAAGAAAACUUGUAAGGACUACUAUAAGUAAUUGCCUUGUCUCUAUUAGUUCUUGUUUGUUUUUAUACUGUUUAAACUUUAAAAAUAUAUUUUAUACAAUAUAUUUUGAUCAUAUCCUAUUCCCUGGGUCCUCUCAAAUCCUCUCUAGCCACCUAACUUGAUUCUCUUGAUAUUCUCUCUCUCUCUCUCUCUCUCUCUCUCUCUCUCUCUCUCUCUCUCUCUCUCUUUCUCUCUCUCUCUGGAAUGAAAAAAAACUAAAAAGACAAAAAUCUCAAAUCAUAAAGAAAGCAGACACACACACAAAUAUACAAAACAAAUAAAACCAUGUGUCUAUUUUAUUUUGGCCAGUUACUCCUGUACACAGGUGCUGAUCUGGGGGUAUAGUUGGAAUACCUAGUGUCACUCUGUUGGAUAAAAUUGAUUUCCCCUCUCCCAAUAGGCAUAAAUUGCAAAUAGCUUCUAUGUUAGGGAUGGAAUUUUGUUUCCACUUUUUCUUCUAUGUGUUAGGAUUUUAUCUGGCUUCAAUUUGUGCAGGUCUUGUUCUAGAGUGUCUUUUGUAGAGCUGGAAUUGUGGGUAGACGUUAUUUAAAUUUGUUUUUAUUGUAGGGUUUUUUUCCUCCUUUGAUUGUGGUUGAUAGUUUUGCUGGGUAUAGUAGUCUGGGCUUGUUUUGGUGGGUAUAAUAGUCUGAGUUGGUAUCUGUAAUCUCUCAGAGCCUAUGGAAAUCUGUCCUGGCUCUUUGGUAUUUUUCCACUGAAAAGUCAGGUCCUAUCCUAAUGGCCCUCCCUUUAUACAUUACUUGAUAUUUUUUCCCUUGUAGCUUUUCAUACUUUGUCUUUCUUCUGCACAGUUAGUGUUUUAGUUAUUAUGUGUCUUGAGGAAUUUCCUUUCUUUCUCUGUCUGUUUUGUGUUCUAUAUGCCUCUUAUACAUUGAUAAGCACCUUUUUCUUUAGGCGUGGGAAAUUUUCUUCAAUGACUUUUGUUAAAAAUAUUUUCUGUGUCUCUACCCUGGAUUUUUUUUUUCUCUUUCCUCUAUACCUAUUUUCCUCAAGUUUGGUUUUUUUCAUAGUGUCCUAGACUUCAUGAAUACUUUUGUGUCUGGAUUUUUUUUUUUUUUUUAGAUUUAACAUUUUCUUUGACAGAGAUAUUCAUUUCUUCUACCUUGUCUUCAAGAUCUGAAAUUCUCUCCUCCACUUUUUCCUCAGUUAGAUGAGGCUUGCCUCUGAUCUCUUUGCUUUACUUGCUGAGUUUUUUCUUUUUGGUUUUAUUUCAUUUUGGCUUCUCUUUCUCAAUUCUAUUUCCUUGUUAUGUUCUAUUUUCAUUAUCUCCUUCCACUGAUUGUGGUUUUCCAAUCUUCACUAAGGCAUAUAUUCAUAUUCCUUUUAGACACUUAAACAUAUUCAUAAUUGUUCUUUCAAAGUCUUUGUAUUGUGCUUCAGCUAAACUGCUUUUCUUAGAGAACAUUACAGUGUCAUUUUUGGCUUCUGGAUAAGGCAUAUUGUUUGUCUGUUCACAUUUGUGGUUUUGCCCUAGGAUCUAGGCUUCUGGGGUUAUGACACAAGUGGUGUUUCUUGAUGUGUUCACCUGGUCUCACCUUUGUUGGGUGAGUGUUUUGUUCUUUGGUUGCUGUUACCUCUGGUUUUAAACCAGAAGAAUGGUACUUGCUUUCAGAGUUGAGGCUAUUCUGGGUUUUAGGGUUCAGACUCUGGUCCCAGAUCUGAAAUUCUGUUUGUAACUCUAGAUGGGGUGGGUGAUAGGCUAACAGGGGAAGAGACCUGAUCUAAAAAUCUCUAAAAAGGAGUUAGGGUCCAGUUCCACAAGGGAAGGCAGAAGCAAAGGUACCCUAGGUCUUGUCUAGGAUGACAGCAGGUCCUCUAUAAAUGGAUACAGACUGGGAGGAGGUACUAAGGCAGAGCUGUGGCUUUAAUAGCAAUAUCCUAGAGAGAACAAAGUAGAUAAGGGGAAAGUGAGCCCUGGUAGCCUAGGUCCCACUGUAUGUGGUGACUGUAUAGUCCCUGAUAGAGAGCAGUUCUACGUGUUGUUGAGAGGCAUGAAGGAAUGGAGAUGGGCUAGGUGUGGCUUAGGUGGGCAUUAAGGAGAAACUAGUGGGACCUCAGACUUGUGCUAUAAGGUAGAGUCCCAAGGGCCUUAUUUUUUUAAAUAUAAUAUUUAUGUUAAUUUCCUGAGAAUUUUAUAUAUGUAUACAAUCUAAUAGUGUACAAUCUAGUUUCACCAUAUUUACCCCCCACUCCCCUCUCUAGCUCCUCCUGGAUCCCAUUUCCCAUGCCCCCCCCCUUUAACUUCAUGUGUGUGUGUGUUUUUUUUUUAAAUAACCCACUGAGUUUAAUUUAUACUGCCCAUAUGUGCAUGCAUGGAUGUGGGCUAGUCACUGGCAUAUCAUCUACCUACCAAGGCUGCACCUAUGAAGAAAGCCAGUUCUCCCUCUCUUACCAGCCACCAGCUGUCACAAGCUCCUCAGCUAAGAGUGGGAGUUUUCAUGUCCUUCCCCAAUCCAUGCCAGACUGCUGACUGGCUUGACCUUGCCCAGGUCUUGUGCAAGCAAGCACAGUUGCUGUGAGUUCAUGAGUGUUCCACCCAGGCCUUGCUGACCUCUGUCCCUUACAGUCUCUCUACCUCUUCCACCGUGGUCCCUGAGCCUUGAGUGGAGAGAGGAUGGGAGUGGGCUGUGAUAUAAAUGUCCCACUUAGGGCUGAGUACUGCACAGAUACUUAUUCUCUGCACAUAGACUGGUUGUGAUUCUCUGUAUUGAUCUCAGUUUACUAUGCAAAGUCCCUUCUCUGGUGAGGAAUGAGAACUCCACUAAUCUAUGGGUGUAAAGAUACAUAUUUAGUAGAUAUCCUGAUAUCAUGCCCAUUUAGCAAAAUAAAAGCAGUAGGUUUUUCUCUAGGGCCCCUGAUCUUCCUGGCCACAAGUGCUUGGCUAAACUGCAGUACCAGACAUGAGUUUCUUCCUGUGGAGCAGUCCUUAACUCCAACCAGAAGGCACUCAGUUACCCCAGUAACAUUCACACCAGUACCAAUCAGAAGGCAGUUGGUUACCCCAGUAAGAUCACACCACUACCACACCUGUGGGCAUGUCUUGCCUGGGCAAUCAUAGUAUCACUAUUAGAUAGGUAGCCAAAACUAGUUUGAACACCUUCCAAAUGAUCUUUUUAUCUCUGAAAGAUCAUUAGUUGAUAGUGGUUGCCUCUUUUCCCUCAUCCAUACUUUGGAAAAACUAAGGCACAGCCAGCUGUGGUCAAAGGUGAAACCAUCCAUUUCCUCCCAAUACCAACUGGCUUCACUGAAUCUUGGAUCUGGGCAGGCUUAUUCAAGAUUCAGACUGUUUUUUUUGUUUUUUUUUUUUUUUUGUUGUUGUUUUUUUUUUUUUUGUUUUUUGUUUUUGAGACAGUGUUUCUCUUUGUAGUCCUGGCUGCCCUGGAACUCACUCUGUAGACUAGGCUGGCCUCAAACUCAGAAAUCUGCCUGCCUCUGCCUCCCAAGUGCUGGGAUUAAAGGCGUGUGCCACCAUUGCCCGGCUAAGAUUCAGACUUUUCUCUAGUGCACUGUACACUGUAGUUUAUAUGUGAUGGUUAUGUCUUCAGGGUUGCUAAGAGGGGACUAGGUGCAGGGCUGGGAAGCAGAUGGCCUUUCCCCCCAGUGCCUUAUCCCUGGAACUGAAGUGUUGGAGAUUCUGUGGGUUUUUUGGGGGGAGGGGGUUGGGGUGGGACAGUGGUUGUCCUUAGCUUAGAUGAGAGAGCAGGACACCUACCUGCCCAUUACAUCUUUAGAUGGGAACAUGUAUUAGUUCCUAGCCUAAGCUUAGCUAGGAUAACUUUCCUUCCUCUUUUCCCACUGAGAAAAAGGGAAUGCCCCAUAUUAAAAUAGUCCUAGAGGACCACCGAUGAUUUAUCCUUUCUUGUCCCAAUUGUAUGAGUGUAAUCUAAUUGUAAAAAACAAAUAUCACCCCAAGUAGUUUAUAACUAGUUCAUUUAUAACACAAGUCUGAUGUGGCUCGGCAGGGGAGGUUGGCAUAUGUUGAAUGAAGACCAGCUCCGACAAUGUGUUUCAGCCAUCCAAGGAGGGGACAUGGGGUCAGUGACAAUUUAAAGCAGGAACACACUCACACAUACUUGGUGGAUGAAGCAAGCUACAACGAGCAAGUUCCAACAACUUUACUUAUGUAUGUAUAUACAUACACAAUUUUACAUAUGUACAUAAUACACACAUACAAACAUACAUACAUACUUGCAAAGCUCCAACAACUUUACACAUAUACAGACAGACAAACAGACCGACAGACAGAUAUACUUUCAGACAUCGAGUGGAUGGAGCUACUUCACAUAUAUACACAUACAUAUAUUUUUGGUGGAUGGAGCAGACUCCUAAGAGCUGGCUCCAACCUCAUUACAUACACAUACAUACACAUGUUUAGUGCACACCUUUAAUCCUGGCAUUUGGGAGGCAGAGGCAGGUACAUAUCUGAGUUUGGGGCCAGCUAACCAGUGAGUUCCAAAAAAGACAGGGCUACACAGAGACUCCAUGUCUCAAAAAGAAAAAAGAAAAAGGAAGAAAGAAGGAGAAGGAGGAGGGAGGAGGGAGGAAGGUGGAAGAAGGAGUGAGGAGGAAGAAGAAAGACGAAGAAGACGAAGAAGACGAAGAAGACGAAGAAGACGAAGAAGAAGAAGAAGAAGAAGAAGAAGAAGAAGAAGAAGAAGAAGAAGAAGAAGAAGAAGAAGAAGAAGAAGAAAGAGGAAGAGGAAAGAAUCAUUUUUGAAGUGUCAAGCAAUCUAAGUUCUAUGGGGUAUAUUUGAGAACAAACCCAAACAAGGCGCCCCUUCUACCUGGGACCUGAAAUCCUGAAAGGGAGUCAGGACCUGAAGAGAGGGGCGGUGAAUUCUGAAAGACUGCAACCCUGUCUUGUGCUUUUAAACAUGGCGAGUAAUAUCACAGAAUUCACAGCAUCAAGAGUUACUAAGUUUCCAGUCAAGUUAUCCAAAACACAAUAGUUGAAUGGGCCCCAGGAGGUUGCAGUGACAGGAGGGGGCGGGGCACAAGACCAGAGUGGCUGAAGCAUGCAUAGACAGGUGACUGUGUUCUGGGUGACAGGGAAGGACCCUGGGGUCACAUCACAGGGCUCACGGUGAUAGGGAGGUGGGAGAAUAUGCUCCCCCAGAGUGCGGGACAGUGGUAGACAAGUAGGAGGCAUAUCUUAUGCAUAUUUUUGGAUGCUGAGUUUGAUUUAUCCAAAAGGAGACAUCGAACAGGCAGUUGGAUUUUUGGGUCAGGAGCUCCAAGGAGGGUCCACACUGUGAGUCAUCUCAACUGGGAGAUAAUUGACGCUGUGGGUGUGGAUGAGGUGGCUUCGGCUUGCAGAGCAAUGCGUGGGAAGAAAGGGCUCAAGAUGGAGACUGGCUUUUUCGCGGUCCAUGGGAAAGCGGGCUGCAUCUGGAAAGGAAGCCGAUAAGGACUGACCCCUGUACAGAUGGGGUCCUCGGCGGGGUCCUCUGUGGAGUCUUCAGCAAGCUCUCCUGCUGGAUCCUCUGCAAAGCUGCUUUCCAAACCUCUGUUGUUGUUGUGUUUUAAUUUUUGCUGUUGUGGUUUCUUUGUUUGUUUGUUUGUUUUGUGUUGCCGUAGGGUCUCACAUGUCCCAGGCUGGUGUCUAUCUUGAUCUAAGAAUCACAGAUGACCCUGAGCUGACCGUAGUGCCCACACUUCCCAAAUGCUGGGAUUACAGGUGUACUCCCCACUACCUGGUUUAUGUAGCCUUGUGGAUGCUAUGUAAGCGUUUCCCAGCUGAGUCAAACCCCCAGCUCCUGCUUCAGUUUCUUCACGGAUAAAAAACAUUGCCAUUUUAUUUACCAGAAAAGAUCUUAGCCUUACUAUGAAACAAAACAAAACACAACACAACAACAACAACAACAAACCCAGCAUGCAAGCGCGUUGAUACUCUCCACUGUGGACUUAGUCAGGAGUGGCUCCAUAUCUUCUGGUCAGAGUAGAACCACUGGCUACAAGCGAUGAGCCAUAUUCCGAUAAAGCUAUUAUUUCCUAUCUGACUGGCUCAAUCUGGAGAGGUUAAGGUUUGGGUCAGGAAGAAAGUUUCACUGACCAAGUCCGGUGUGCAAAAGGAUGUCAUGGAUAGUUAGGGCUCUGGAGAAGGAAAAAAAAAAAAAAAAAGACUUGUGUUUUAAGCAAAUAAAAAUGAAUAAAUAAAUAAAUAGAAACCAAGGUUCUCCUUCUGUAGGAGUAGUGAUGUCAGUACACCUCAGCAGGUGGCUUUCCUGCCAGGUCCUCACACUGCACUCUCUGGAGAUAUCCCCCAUUACUGCUGAGGACAGCCUCAGCUGAGGACAGCCCCAUAAUGAGAGCAUCCUGGCAAUGCCUGUUUGUUUUCCAAAUGCCUUACUCUUGCUAAUUAGCUAACGCACCAGUGUUAUUAGCCCAUCUCAGAUGCUUGUCUUUACUGGGAGGAUGUGAGUUAGUUAUGGGAUAUACAGAAGCCUGGUGGGGGGUUGGGAAGGUGGCGGGGGUGGGGGUGGGGGUGGCAGUGUUGCACAAUACUUCCACGCCAUGUUCCAGUAUGAUAUACAUUGCCUGUUAUUCCCUGGUGGAGCUGAGGGGUUGGCUCUCUCUUUUUAAUCUCUGGGUCUCUUGUCACUCAAGUUAUACUGGUCACAGGGACAGAAGUCGUCACCAUGCAGAACUAAUAAUGAGUGGUUCUCAAGUCCGCAGCAUCGGAGAGGUUGCUUCCAAGGACAGGGAGUGCCUGAUUUUAUUGCCUCCUACAGAUUUAUUCCAGAGAAUCCAGGGAUAAAAUGGGAAACAUUGUGUGGCUGGGUGUGCUGGGAUAUAAGUUGCCUGAGCAGAUGGCUGUGGGGGUAGGGGCAGGAAUAAUCAAAAGCCAUCGGUUUCCCUCCCUCCGCAAUGCAGCAAGAGGUUGACAGGCUAGGGACAGUCUCGGGAGAGCGGCUCGCUCGCGAUCCUUUCCUUCACCAGCAAUAACCAGGUGACAGAGACAGAGCAUGGGUUCCUAUAAAAGCAAAGCGAUGCGGAAAUGCUUUUAAAAGGAGACAUACACAGCCCCCCCCACCCCUUUCAGUCUUCAGAGUAAUUUGCUAGAUCUGGUGUGUCACUUUUCAGCAAUAUGACCUUUUCAGGCAUUUAAUCACAUCUGAGUCUCAAUUCACACACCAUAAGACAGGAUUUCUAAGACCCACCUUACUGGAUUUGGGCACACAUUCAAUGGAUAAUUUAUGUAAAUCCCAGCGCUUAGCAGGUAUUCCAUAUUAAUGAGCGAGUGAGCAGAUGUGUGAAUUACCUAGCCUAGUGCCUGCCACCUAAUAGCUGCUCACUAAAGAUGUCUUUUGCUUGUGGUGGUGUUCCUUUUGAAGCCACUAUGGAAGAUCUGAAGAUCGGGAAUGUCUUUUGCCUUGUAAAUGGAAGCUGGGGAUUGCCCUUGCAAGCCUACCUGUAGAUGCUUAGAGGCUGGGGAGAUGGGCACACAACAUCCACUCUAGCAUCUCAGGGACAGGCAACCCAAAGUAUAAUAUAUUUUCAAUGCUCACACAAUUGUUUGCCACAAGCAUUUAUCACCUGAUAUCCACUGGGUCCUAGGAUACAGAAUCUGCAGAUAAGCCUGUGUUUGUUUAUCUCCUCCCCCUCCUCCUGCUCCUCCCCUCUUCCUCCUCCUCCUUCUCCUCCUCCUACUCCUCCUUCUCCUCCUUCUCUUCCUCCUACUCCUCCUUCUCUUCCUCCUUCUUCUCCUCCUCCUGCUUCUCCUUCUUCUCCUCCUCCUUCAUAACAUUUACAUAGAGUGGAAUGAAUGGAAUUUAAAUGUACUAUUUGGAGCAAGGAAGAUGUCAAAGCUGGUUGAACAUUUGCCUUCCAAGUGUGAUACCCUGAUGUUGAUCCUCAGGACCCAGGUAGAGAUGCUGGAUGCAUUUGCAGUCCUAAUACUAGGAAAGUGAAGACAGAUUCUUUUUGUUUGUUUAUUUUGGUUGGUUGUUUUUUUGUUGUUUUUUUGUUUUGUUUUGUUUUGUUUUGUUUUGUUUUGUUUUGUUUUGUUUUUGAGACAGGGUUUCUCUGUAUAGCCCUGGCUGUCCUGGAACUAACUUUGUAGACCAGGCUGGCCUCGAACUGAACUCAGAAAUCCACCUGCCUCUGCCUCCCAAGUGCUGGGAUUAAAGGCGUGCACCACCACUGCCUGGUGAGAGAUUCUUGCUAGCCAGCCAGUGCAGCCUAAUUGGUGGCUCUGAGCCAAUGAGAGACCCUAUCUUAAAAGAAUCAGACAGUAUUCUUGAGGGUGGCAUCUAGGUAGUCCUCAGGCCCCCCAAAUCCCUUUGGUUUAUCUGUUUGUCUGCUAACAGAUAUCUAGGCUGUUUCAAGAUUUGUUGUUACAUAAAACUGGCAUGAACACUCUUCUACAAGACUCUCUUGGACAUAAGUUUCUUAUAUCUUCUGACAGCAUCUAAGGAUGAAGUUGCUCAGUUACAAGAGAAGGGCUUACUUUUUAAGUUAAAAACCCCCUGUGCUUUUCCCAAAGCCAUUGUCCAGCCAUACACUCACCAGUAACAAUGUGUUAGGUUGUGGCUGCUUUCACAUCCUUGCCAGAAUUUGGUAUUUUCAGUCUACAAGAUUUUGUUUUUAAUUGUGUGUCUGUGUGUUAGCAUAGUGGGCUUGAGUCCAGGUGCCCUCAGAGGCCAAAGGCAUCAAAUUCUCUAGAACUAGAGUUACAGGCAGUUGUGAGCCAUUCAGCCUGGGUUUAAAGAACCAAAACCAGGUCCUCUGGAAGCACACUGGGAAAUCUUGGUUCUGAGCUAUCUCUCCAUUCCUCUGUCUUCUCGUUCUUAGUCUUUCUGGUAGAUGGUGGUAUUCUAUCCAACACAUGGCUUGCAAUUCUCCCUUCUCCCUAAUAAUGGGGAGCAAAGUUGCAUGCAACAACAGACUGUGAAUAUCCAAGAUGGUGACUUUGCCUCUGAAAUGCUAGGAUGUAACUCUCAGAGACGUGGGCAAGUGUCGCCUCUGUGCUCCCUGGACAAGUGUCCUGUCCUCCCAGGACCCACAAUGAACAGAACUCCUUAUCCUGUAAAUUUUGCUUAUCAGACUCAUUUGCAACUUAUAGACACUGAUCAUUUGCUUGGUAAAGCUUUGAAAACAUUCUCCCACAGUUGAGGCCUGUACCCUACUCAUUUCAUCUCUUAUUAAUUACAGUUACCUGUAAGAUAUAAAUUAUUAUCAUUUGGAUGUAAUAUAUCAAUUGAUUGACUGAAGCUAAUUAUCACAUCCCCAGCUACAGAUGUUUAAUACUUACUGUGAACAUGUUCAGAUCUAGUCUCUCUUAGCAUGUUCUCUUCAUUCGCGUUUGUUCAUUUUGUGUUUGUGUGCCUUAUAUAUGUGGACACGUGUUCCUGGGUGUGUGCACAGAUGCACACAUGCAAGUUGAGGCCAGAAGCUAGUGUCAAACAUCUUCAUUUAUCACUCUGAAACUUAGUUUUAGGCAUGGGAGUCCCUUACUGACCCUAGAGAUCACCUUUUCAGUGAGAUAGGUAGCCAGUGAACACCCUGGAUCUUGCCAUCUUUGCCCCUCCAGGAUUGAAAGUGCAGCGUGCUCUGAUACUGUGCCUGACAUUUUACAGGAGUGCUAGAGAUUUGAACUCAGGUCCCCGAGCUUCUGUGUUCAGCAGUUUACUGACUAAGCUCUCCUGCUAGCCUCUGUAUGUGUCUUUAAAAAUCUUCCUUUCUUCCUAUCUCUGUUUCUUCCUCCCUGUCUUCUGAGGUGCCGGGGAUUGGAUGCAGAGCCUUGGCAUCCACAUCAAGGGUUCUCCUGAGCUGUAGUCCCCAGGCCCGACUCUUAGCAAAAAUAAUUAGACCAUUCUGAAUUAUGCCUUGUAAUCACCGCUGAUCUUGUAAGACCUAUGUACAGCUGACCUUAAAAAUGAAAUGAAAGAAAAAAGUAAGUAAAACAAUAAAGCUAUCCCUCCGAUGGCUAGGGAUGUGCAUUGUCUUCGCCAGCAUAGCCGGGUUUGCAGUCCCCCCCAGGAGAGCGGUCUCUGAGUGUGUCUUUGCAGGAGUUUCUGGGGAGGUUGAAUGAAAAGGAAAGACCCACCCUGAGUGCAGGUGCCUCCAUUUCAUGGGCUGGGAAUACAUUCGGAACUAAAAUGCAGAAAAGAGAAAGGCAGAUGAGCAACAGCAUCUUCCUCCCAUUGCUUCCUGUAAGCCCAGGCAGAUCAGCCACCUCGUGCUCCUGCGCUAUGCCAACCCUCCAGGACGGACUUUGUCUGCUCAAACCAGGAUCCCGAAUCCAUCUUUCUUUCCUGUGUUGCUGUAGUCGGGCACAACCUCAGAACUAAUUUACUGUCUCGCCUUUAUCCCUCCCACCGGCUCACCUCUGUCAAGGUAGCCUCUGCUUCUAGGACUGUGGUAAAUGCCAUCCAUCAAAUGCUUGCUGAAAUCUCUGACCCCACUCCCUUAGAUUAUUAGAUUUCUGUGGAGUUGAGUUCCAUAUGCCCUUUGGAACUUACCUGAGGCUUUUGGAGAGCAUAAACUUUAUAUUCUGAUGAAACAAUUCUCUGGAUGUUUACUUGUUUAUUUAGUACAUGUGUGCACACCCUUGCUCACUACACCUGUGGCGGUGGACAUGGGAGGUCAGAGGUCAACUUGUGGGAUUCAGUUCUCCAUCCCCCCAUCAUGUGGGUCCUGGCACUUACCGAGUACUGAGACUCUUUGGCAUCACGGCAAAGGUGAGCCUUAGCUUAAUGUAAAGCAGCGACAACACAAGGCUAGAAAGAAUCCACUCACUGUUAAUGGUGGCUCUUGCUAAAUGGUGGCGGUAUGGUUUUAUUUUUAAAGGUACUGAUUUCCUGUUUAGGGAAAGUCGGUUCUUCUUGGAGAGCCUUCAUAUUUUCUGUUAAUAUUCACAAACACUUGAGAAGAUCAACACAGCCACUUCUUGAUAAAUGUAAUGUUUUUAUGUUUUAAAAAGCCACUGUUGAGGCAGGCAGGUUUCUGAGUUCGAGGCCAGCCUGGUCUGCAAAGUGAGUUCCAGAACAGCCGGGUCUACACAGAGAAACCCUGUCUCGAAAACAAACAAACAAACAAACAAACAAACAAAAAGCCACUGUUAUGGGGCUGGAGGGAUAGUUCAGCAGAUAGGAGCACAUACUAUCUUCCAAUACAUCUGAGUUUUGUUCCUAGUACCAUGUCUGGUAACUCAAAAACCACCUGUAACUCUAACUCUAAGGGGAUCUGGUGCCCUCUUUUGGCUUCUCCCAGCACUACACUCUCAGGUACACACACAUGCACAUGCACACAAAAUUAAACAUAAAAAAUAAAUCUUUAUAAAAGCCACAAUGGCCGGCCAGUGGUGGCACACGCUUUUAAUCCCAGAACUUGGGAGGCAGAGGCAGGUGAAUUUCUGAUCUUGAGGCCAGCCUGGUCUACAGAGUGAGUUCCAGGACACCAGGGCUACACAGAGAAACCCUGUCUCAAAAAACCACCCCCAACCGCCCCCCCAAAAGCCACAAUGAUUAUGAGAGAGACUUGCACAAAGGCUUUGGUAAACAACUUAAUCUGCAUUUUAAUUUUAUCUUAUAACUGAACUACUACAGGGUCUGAAGUCUUAGAAAAAUUGAACUGGCUAAAAACUAUCCUUACAACUUGAUGCAGUGUUGGAUGUGAUUCCGACUGCUUAUCAACCUAGUCUGAUGGACACACAGGCUGAGUCUCACACAUUGAAGUCUGUAUUGAAUUGAUUCUUCUCUAGGUCCCAUUUCUCUUGUUAGUAGACUUUGACCCAAACCCUAUUAGACAGUGGUACUGUCCGACCAAAGCAAACUGAACCAUAGAUUGUAACAUAUAUAAUUUAUUCCUGCUGGCUUGGUUGUCCCAACAACUUUCCACACAGUAAAUGGUCAGUAACAUGUCCAGUGUGGUAGAAGCCUCUCAUCUCCAUUUGGGUGCUGAUGCAUUCGGGACCCCAUACCAGAUGGGGGUGUGGAUUUGGAACCCACGUCGCCCCUCCCAUUUUAAACUUGAAUGGGUGGGUUUGGUUUUCAUUGCCAUGGAAGAGCACAUGUAACAUGAUAGCUGUGCAGAGCUGGACUGAGCUGAGGCCCGUCGAGCACACCUACACUCCCUCAGGAGCUCCUGCCUGCAACUCCGUGAUGCAGGCCGCCUUUUCCGUGUCAACACCUGCUCAUUAGGAACCGGACCAAGACUCCCAAGGGCUCUCAGAUGGCUUUGCCCCUGUGUCUCUGCCAAUCUGCCUCAGAGUUUAAAAAUCAACCUUGAGAUGAAACUCUGGCCUUUCCUCGUAGCUAAUCCACCAAACCAUCUGGCCCUGUGGCUUCUUGAAUACCGUCUAGUGCGUGUGAAAAAGGGACACUGGGUAGAACCAAGAGAGCAGACCUGUCUACAUGUCUCAAAAGACAAUGCACUGGCACUGGAGUGGCGGUUUGAAUGGAAUUCAACUUAGAAUAUAAGCCCAAGUUUGUCUUUCCAGAGUUUGUCUUUAGUUACAAGAUAUUUGCUUGAAGCUUUUUACCCUGCUGGGAGAGUGUGGGCAUGUCUCCAACUUUAGUUCUUUUAAUAAAAUAAAGGAGCAUAAUUAUGAUUUUUAAAAAGAGAUUUCCCCCUUAAUUUCCUAUUAGGUUUAAUACAUUAUCACAUGGGAAAGACUUCUCUGAAUAUUUAUUGCCUUGCUCCCCAAAGUAAUUGAAUAACUUAGUAGGACAUGUAUAGAAUAUCAUAUUAAUUCAAGCGCCCUGGACAUCCGUUAAAUCUGGGUGUCUUUAACGCACACAUGGAUUAUUCUGCUUAAGCAGAGGAUGUAUCUAAUGCAAACCCUUUCAGUAAAGAAACUAGAAUGAUUUCAUCUCUGUGUAUAUGGCUUCCACUCAAACCCACAGGAUAUAUUCUGUGUGUCAAGUCUGUCUAUCCACAUGUGUGUCAUGUGGAUAGACAGACUUGACUCACAUGUAUACAUACAUGCUCCUUGUGAGUAUAUGCACAGAGAUAUAUAUGCUCAUGUAUGCGCGAAUGUCACAUGCUUCAGGCUGUACCUCAUUGUCCCUCUUUAUUUCUCAGAGACCUUACAAAUAGUUUGCCAGUAAUUGUGUGGAGUCUGAGAACGCAGCAAGUCACCAGCCCUGAGCCAGCUCCAGCCUUGCUUCCAAAUACAGUCUGAGUGCAAAGAAUAAAACUUGUAUUUAUCAAUGGUUAAGAACAGAUCACAAAGUAAUACUAGUGACACGUGACACUUAUAUUUGUGGGAUUUGAUUGGGUCAGAGCUAAACCUACCACUUAGUACCUCUGGCUGCAUUGGCAUCAACAGCAGAGUCCAGCAGGCCUCCAAGUCCACCUGGCUAGCCGAGACGAGGCCUGCCUCACCCUUAGGAAAUGUGUUUGCUAACCUUCUUAAAAGAGUCAAAUAUUAAAUACUACAAAAAUCCACCUCAACCAAACAAGAGCCCCUCGUGGUUGAAAAGCACUGGAUCCUCUCAUGCGACCUCCUCAGAGAGAAGUUAGGAAAGAGAACGAUCUAUCUCAAAUUUUAUCUUCUGCACACCAAGCGUGGUGGCACAUGCGUGGAAAUCCCAGGACUUGGGAGGCAGUGCUCAGGAGGAUCAGACAUGCAGAGUUAUCCUCAGUUACAUAGCAAGUGCCGUGGGCUACAUGAAAUCCUGCCUCAAUAAAAAGUCUCUAAUAGUUUUUUUUUUUUUUAAUAGCUUCGUAACAUGUCAGGGAAAGGCAAGUAAGAAGCUAGAAAGUUGUAGAGAGUGUCAUAUGAAUCUUAGAGAUUUAUUUUUGUUUUUUAAUUUGUGGUAUGUGUGUGUGUGCGUGUGUGUGUCCACAGAGUCCAAAAAAAUGUCAGAUCCACCUGGAUCUGGUGUUACAGAUGGUUGUGAGCUGCCAUGUGGGUGCUGGGACCUGAACUCUGGCCCUCUGCAAGAGCGGCAAAAGUAUUUAAGCACUGAGUCAUGCCCAGCCCUAUCAUGUGAAUCGUAAUUGCUCUGGUUGACAGCGUGCCUUCUGUAGUAACACAGGAUAGAAAGCCUACUGAGAUUUGACGGUUCAUGGGAUGCAUAGGAGCUCUGAAUACCCCAAGUGUGCUAAGGAUCGAAGUAUCCACCCAUGUCAGCAUCAGUCAGUGCUUCAUGUACAAGGUUUGCUUUCUGUGACACUCAGGGUUUAUAGACAUCCACUACUGAAGCUUGCUGCUAAGAUAGGAAAGUCACAAGUUGCCACGUCUUACAAAGACAAAGCUAUAUAUACACUGCCAAUAGUGCUUCCUAUGGCUGUGAGUGUUGCAGCUAAGACAACAGAAAGAUUUGUUUGCUGAGAGGACAAUCUUCACAGGCUGACUUGAAAUGUGUUUUAUAGUUAGGGAUGGCUUUGAACUCCUGAUUUUCUAGCCUCCACCUUCUGAGUAUUGGGGUGCCAGAUAUAUACCAAUACAUUUAUCUUUUUGGGUUCUGGGGAUCAAACCCAGGACCUAUGCAUGCUAGGCAAGCACCCUAUCACCUGAUCUACAUGCCCAGUUCCAGCAUAUCUAUAAAACAUAAAUCCAUGUGUCUCACACUUUGAUCUAGACUUGUGCCUAGGCUUUGUGUGACAUUUGACUGACUGCCUUUAUAUGGCAUAGUGUCUCUCUCUCUCUUAGUCUUACCUACCACUGUAUGAACAGCCUUGCCAAUCAACUGAUUAAACGUUCUAUUGUCUAGAAGCAGAACCCAUUUCUUGCAGUGUGUCUCCCCCUCUUCUACACAGGGUUGGGAAAUGAUCACUGUUGUCUUGGGUUCAAUAUAAGAUUUCCUUCUUUUGUCCAAGCUGGUCUUACAUUCACCAACUCUCUGCUGCCUCUGCCUCCCCAGUGCUGGGCUUGAAGGCUUCUGCCAAUACACCCAGCAGGCCACCAGCUUUCUGACUCUUCAAAUCUGUCCCUUCACACCUGUGCCAUCAGCUAAAUAGUUCCCUUGAAAGUCAGCUGACCUUGCCUGCAUCUUGAUUGGAGAACAACAGGGAACGGACACACAUGUCAAUUUUCAAAGUCCAUGAUGGGAAAGAAACUUCACUGUGCAGCUAGGAAAGCAGGAAGUGAGGUGCACAGAGGGUGUUCCCUCAUAUCUCACAGUUACUUGGAACAAAGUUGGGAGAACAUGCUGUUUUGGCCACAUGCAUGGCCUUUCCUUUUUGGUGACUUUGGAUUUAUUGUAUAAACACUAAAGAUCUCUGAGCUUGGUGGGGGAAAAAAUUAAAGAAAUCCCACACUUGAAUUUUGCUACAAAGGAGACGUGUUUCCACAAACACACAGGAAAUGCAUUGCAUGACUUGAUGGUCCUGCUCCAUCAGUGUCUUUGAAAUUAUCACUGAAGGGUUGGUGGGUGAACAUGAUAACUUUAAUUGUUCAGAGAAGAGACAGAAAUGUCUGAUGUCCAUCUUCCGUAACAACAUCAGGAUCUGAAAAGCCAUCAAUUUACUAUCAAAUAAUUUUCUCAGUGGAACGAUUCCCUGGUGAAUUACCACCUGAACGGAGUAGAAUGCUUAGUAAACUGGUGCUUGUCACCAUCUUGGUUUGUUUCUGUUGGGAAUCUAAGGAGGACAGGGGGCAAGGGGCAGAUCUAUGAGCAGUCCUCUACCCAGGCACUUUGAGUCCAGCAUUUCUUAGGAACAUUUUUUAAACUAUCUGAUAUUGUCACAUCGUCUUCUUGCUUAGAGCCACACACACACCCCCACUGACCUCCUAACUCACAAGACUAGAAUGUUCUGAGAAUGAAUUUUGUCUAUCUUAUAUGCCAUUGUAGCACCUGCAUAAAGGGGAUAAAGGGUGCUCUCUGUCACAUGUGAGUGUGUGGCUACAUUGACUGGGGUGUGAAGAGUUAAUUCAUAGAGUUGGGACUGGGGAAAGGCCCGAAUUCCUGACCUAUAAAAUAAUGCUUUGAGAGCUGGCCUGUGAUUCUGUCCUGUCCACCCUGCCUCUGCUUCCACGGGGCCUCAUUGUGUGCCACCUUUUAAAAUUACUGUAUAUUUGUUUCAUCGUUUUCUCUCAUUGAUACGUAAGGGACCACAUCUUAUUCUGUGUAUAUGACCCAGGGACCAGACAUAGGACCAGCACAGGGUGUAACUGGGGUUUGGAGAGGGAGGGUCACAUGACCAAUGUGUGAGUAGUGCCUGGUUAGCCAAGUGCCUGGAAAUCAGGAUAUGAGUUUAACUCAAGAACUUCCUAGUAUCUGCUCUUGUGCUCUUGGUCACUCUUUGAGGUACACUGAUACUGCUAUCCACCAUAGGUGUGAAAUAAACCAGGUAAAUGUUCCAUUCUCCAGAAACAAAAACCUCCCCUUUCUAUGUAUUCACACUUAUAGAGUCUGCAAAUGCUAGAGGCAGGCGCAGGCCAGCUGCUUCUUAUUUCUCUAUUUCCUUAUUUAUUUUUUAGAACAGGGUCUCGAAGUGUAGCCCAGGCUGACAUCAUACUCACAAUCUUUUUCUCUCUAGUUCUUGAGUUCCGGGCUAGUUAGUACUGUUUUAUAGAGUGAGCACGUGCUCCCUUCUUGAGAGAGUGCGUAAUGACAGCUAAGUAUCCUUUGACGCUUGUUUUUGGGUCAUAUGUACUUAGAGGAAUACAACUUCUGACAAACCGGGUCCUCUCUUUGUAGAUACAAAUGAAUCUCGCUUGCGUAAACUACUUCUGUUCUGUAGAGAUAGAAAAUCCCAGGCAAGUCAUUUCUUCAUGGUACAUUUUGCAAGGGAGAAACUCUACUUUGAUUAACUCAGUGGCAACCUAGAUCAGGUGGGGACAAUUAUUUUGAUAAUUUACAUUUUCUUAAGCUUAAGCCUUAAAACAUGGAUCUGUAUUUUAUUUCAUGGAACUUAAGGAGAGUAAACUGACGUGUAAAAAUUGCCCCAUAUAUGCUGGGUGUGUUCAAGUCCCUGAAUAGAGUAUAGGUUGUAAACUUGAACUUUUUAAGUAAAUUAAAAACUACCAUCUCUAGCUGUUCAGACCCAGCAGCUACCUAUGUGUUCAGACAGCAGCUGAUGAGUUCAGGUUAGGAUGUCUGCUUAAAUAGACCAUCCCUAGAUAGCUUCUUUUAUUUAAAACAUCCAGUGACUUCUGUCACCUAAAUGGAGAGCAUUCAGGAGUAGUGAGCUGGUAUCUUUGAAGUCUUCUGGUCUGCUUCCUCCUCCUGUGGGAACCCAGAGAAGAAAAGGCUGUCAGAUUGGUUCUGUUUGCGUACCACCCCUCUCGCCCGCUAAGCAUUCAUUGCUCUGCCUGGUACUACCAGUGACCUCUUUCAAGUGGGCAGACACCAGGGGUGUGGCUUCGGGGCCUUCCUCCUGCAUUUAAGAUCCCCCAUCCCCGUGCUGGCCUGUGUGUCUGUGAUGGGAAGAUGAUAGGGGAAGUCAUCCCCUGUGUAUCUGUCCUCAUCUGCCUGUGUGAGGUCACUGAGGCAGCUGGCGUGCUUGGGACAGCUGGCUCUCUCUGCAGUGCUGAGGUCAGCCCCAGUGAGUUGAAUGGACUGUCUUCUCAAGGGAUGGAGGGUAGAGCCAGGGCAAAGACAGAUGGUACCAAGGCCAGUGCUGGUGGGCCACAGGUGUCGCUCCCCAGGAGGAACACAGCCAGGGAGUCCUUCAGAGAUACCCUGCCUUGCCUCUCACACCCUUUAAAAAGCACAUCGCCUGUUUCAUUUGCAGAUGAAGAGUGAGCGUGGCUGAGUUUGGAAUUUGCCAGGGUGGGUCCUCACUGCUUGCUUUCUUGUUUCUCCACAUCAUUCUCUAUUUAGAAUGCCAAACUUAAUGAAAUAAAAAUGGGUCCAUUUUUCUUUGUGAGGGAACAAUAUUUUAACUUUGUUAGGAUGAGCUCACACUAUUUAUGAAUAACAGGGAUAUAGACUCAUCAGGAAUACUGUUCACGCCAUCUGAGCAGACAGAUCACUACUGACAACCUGAAGUCAAGCUGGCAGUACCAAUUGAAUCUAGUCUCCAUUACCCUAUAGUAUAUGUAUAGAGAACUGUAUCGAUUCUAUACGCUCCCCAGCUUCUAUACCUCCACUGCACAAUAUCUCUUUGAAGGUCAGUUCUGGGAGGAAUCGGAGAUGUGUUUAUGAUCAAAAUACAUUGUACGAAAUUCUCAAAAGAAAUAAUUUUAAAAUGAAGGAGGGAAAAUACACAUCUCUCCUAAACUUUGGUCACCCAAAUGGUCAUGUUAUGCCCAUAGAAGUCACACACACACACAUCAUCAAUCUGCCUGUAGACCCAGCUCAACAAUAUAGAAACACAAUGUGGAAUGAGUGAUAACCAGGAGAUGGCCAAGUAUCAACUGGAUGAGCUAGUACAGUAAUUAAAGGGUGCCUUGAGAUAACGAGGAAGAUGUAACAGUGGAGGUUGGGGAGACAAUCCAGGGACAUGAUAGCUUUGUAAAUUCUCCUAUCAAUUGAUUUGAGUUGUUUUCCUGCCGAGCAUUUCAUCCCAAUUGUUGAGUCCUCACUGAAUAUUACUUAAGGAAUAAUUUGUACUCCAUUUAGCAAUUCAGAAAGCAUUAUUACUUUGAUUUAGUAGUAGUUUCAUGGUCUGAUGCUGCAUCUACAAAAGUUAUUCUGAAUGAACCUCAUUCGCUCUGGUAAGCAAUCAAGAAUGACUUUGUGGCCGGGCAGUAGUGGCACAUGCCUUUCAUCCCAGCACUGGGGAGGCAGAGGCAGGCGGAUUUCUGAGUUCGAGGCCAGCCUGGUCUACAGAGUGAGUUCCAGGACAGCCAGGGCUACACAGAGAAACCCUGUCUUGAAAAAACCAAAAAAAAAAAAAAAAAAAAAAAAAAGAAUGGCUUUGUGAAGAGGAGUCACUUUCUGACAUCGGUUGUGGUAACAGGUUGCCCACAGGGAAAGACCAAGACUCUUGGUUGCAGCAUGCUUGCUUUGAGGGUCACACAUCAAAUCCAGCUUCUAGAGGAAGGUGGAAGGAACCAGAAGGUUGAUGUUCUCUGUCCUUCUCAGGACCAGCCAAGCAGCUGGAUGGAGCCUUGCAUCCGUGUGAUACAUGCCUCUCAAUUGAAGGGAUAGAUUAGGAAUUCUUUAGCUGAGACUUUCACAAACUAAGAACAAUUUUCUCUUCCUUGAGUAAAGUCCUUGAGCUGGAACCUCACUUUUUAACAGUUUGACGGUCUUUGCUCUGGCCAUGAUCCUGUCUGUUAGGAGUGGGACUGGAAAGGUUGCUCUAGAUAUGAAUGGCCACUGAUCUGGCUUUCAGAUGCUCCAUCUUGCUUUGUAGCUCUACAUCAGCAACCCAUUCUUGUCACUGUUGGGGACCCACCACACCCUCCAGAUGUAUAUGGUCUGUGCCAACCCGAUUGUGGGCCAGUCUAACGGACAUUGGAGCAGGAUGGCUCAAUGAAGCUUUAGUCAAGAAAUGAAGAGACUGACUCUCUAGUAAAAUGCUAAAACUGUAGGAUGCACAGGGAUGCCCUCCUUGGUAGACUCACUGUUUGGUCUCAGGGCCGUAAGCAGAGAAUAAAACCACACAUUUCUUCUAAGGAAAAACAAAACAAAACAAAACAAAACAAAACAAAACAAAACAAAACUUCAGGCUGGUGGGAUGGCUCAGGGGUUAAGAGCACUGACUGCUCUUCUGAAAGUCCUGAGUUCAAAUCCCAGCAAUCACAUGGUGGCUCACAACCAUCCAUAAUGAGAUCUGAAGCCCUCUUCUGGUGUGUCUAAUGACAGCUACAGUGUACUUACGUAUCAUAAUAAAUCUUUGGGCCAGAGUGAGUGGGCCCUGAGUGAGCAGAGGUUGCUCAGAGAACUCUCACAACCACAUGGCUCACAACCAUCUGUAAAAUUACGGUGUAUUCAUAUAUGUAAAAUAAAUAACUAAAUCUUAAAAAAAAAAAAACCUCUACUAGCUUGUGCCUAAGAUUUUAUUUUUGAUGAGCUCCUGACUUACUUAUAUAAGUAAGUAGCCAAUAGAAUUUUCCUCAUUACUGGGUCAUAAACGUCAUACUACAGACUCAGCUUCUGGUCAUUUUGGAGAAGCAAUGGAUUCCCCUACUGGGGAGUGCCCCAGCUUAUUCUCUGUUACUGGUGGAGAUCAAUGUUGGUAUAUUAUUGCUUUGCCAGCCUCCCUUGGAAAAGUUACCUUGAUCAAGGGUACGUAUAAAUAUGCCACACUUUAAAAGUUAUCAUUAGUGUCUAUACAGGGAGGAAAACAGAUCCGGAAGCCAGAGGGAGAGUAGCCAGUUUUGUAGCUGGCUGCCCUCUUCAGCUGGCUGAAACUGUGUGAAUAUUCCUGAAAAGUAUAGGACUUAGAAUGAUGCCACACAAAAUUUUCACGUUAUCCUUUCCUCUGCCCCACUUACGUUUUGUGGAGGACAGAGUCCUGGUGGGAAACCUAAAGCCACUAAUGUUUCCCACCAACCCAAUUAGGGCUCGUCUGCUAUUGAAUUUGAGUUAGAAUUAACUCUGUACCUUCUCGGCCUUUGUCUGCUUCUUGCUAGGUAAGAUAGUCUGAUAGGCAAUAUAGAAUAUAGAAACUCUGUAUGUGGAUGUGCAUGUGUAUUUGUGUGUUUGCAUGUGGACAAUGCGUGGAUAUGCACACCAGCACGCAUGCACUCACGCGUGUGCACACACACACACAUCUUAGGUAUCACUGCCUUUUUAAAGGCAGUGUGUCUCAUUGGCCUGGAACUGACCAAGUACACUGAGGGGGCUCGCCACUGAACCCCUGGGGUUUGCUGUCUCUACCUCCCCAACUUGGAUUACAAGUGUGAGCCAUCACACCUAUCUACUUUGUAUCCAGUGUGGGUUCUGGAGACCAUAGGCAGGUUUUUAUGAUACGCCGUUUCCCCAUACCUGAAAUGCCUUCGUUGUGAAGAUACUUCAGUGGAAAUCAAGCUUGUGUGAAUAUGUGUGCAUAGCAGGCCCUCAUCUACUGUGUGACCAGGGUGCUUCUCAUUUGACCUCAGCGGCAUGUGCCAUCUACUUCUAAUAAGACUAUUGGGCUGUGGGUCCUGCAUCUUCCAGGUCCUGGAACCUGCCUGGUGAUGUCUAGAGGACCUUCCAUGGAAGAGAGGGACCUUUGAUAUCUCUAGCACAACAGUCUGUGGGUGCUGCUGCAAGGAGUUCCACUCAGUGCUCUUGGUGUAAACCAGGUGAGAAACAGCUAUGUGGAACCCCAACCCAAGCCCCACAAUGCCGUGGGCUUAAUGAUCCAUCUAUUGUACAGCUCAGAGAGCUUCCUCCUCAAAGCCCAGUGUAUCCACCUUCCAAGCUAAGGCCUGCUGUGCUCAGACCGCACUAGGGAGCCUCUUUCUAUUCCCCUUACUUUCUUGAUGAUACAGAGAUGUCUUAACUUGAGCCCACAGGCUUUGGGCCCAGUCUAGCAUUUCAGGUGUUUAUUGCAAAAACUGUUAAUGUCAGUGCUGGUGUGUGUGUGUGUGUGUGUGUGUGUGUGUGUGUGUGUGUCAGUAUAUGUGAGUGCCUGAGUGUUUGAGUGUGUCUAUGUGUAUGUGUGCACAUGCAGGUGUAUGUCUGUGAGUGUGUCUGUAUGUGUGUCAGUGUGUGAGUGUGAAUAUAUAUGUAUGUAUGUUUGUGUCAGUGUGGGUGAGUGCCUGAGUGUUUGAGUGUGUCUAUGUGUGUGUGUCAGUGUGUAUAUGUAUAUGUUUGUGUGUGUAUAUGUGUGUGUGUUUGAGUGUGUCUAUGUGUGUGUGUCAGUGUGUGUAUGUGUAUGUAUGUGUGUGAGUGUAUGUGUGUGUGUUUCAUUCCCUAUUUAGGAGAUCUCUUCCAGUGCACGCUCAGAAGACCCCAGUGUCUCUGAGCCUUCUUGCCUCACUUCUCACAAUGAAUAUUCAGAGGCUGCAGUCACCAAGGACUCAGGUCCUACUACUACAGCCCUAGCAUGAAAGCCACCAGGAAACACUGAUGACAGCCCCCCACCCCUGCUCUCUGCCCCUCACAGGGCAGUAGAGGAGAGAGUCUUGGGGAACCUCUGAAUCGAACAUCUGUCCCUCCCAGCAGUGGGCUCACGCCGUUCUGGAUAGUGUGUUGUCAUGAGCAUGUUGUUUUAAAAAGACAACAGACCCUUCUGUACUCCUCCCCACAGAAUGCAUCAGGACUAACUGGGCAUAAUGGAUGCCCUGUUGAGAGCAGCAGUGCAUGCAUUGUUUGCCUGAAAAUUCGCUCAGCAUCUCCCUGGGAAAACGUGGCUGAUUUAUUUUAUAUAUUUCGCCACCAUCAGCAGUUGAACUCAAGCUGCUCCGUUCUCUGAAGGGUUAAUUUUCGCUCGGUGCGGAUCUAGGCUGAUGGAUAAAUUGCAGCUCUCUCUCUCUCUCUCUCUCUCUCUCUCUCUCUCUCUCUCUCUGUCUCUCUCUCUCUCUCUUUUUGUGGAGGAUUCUGAAGCCGUUUCUUCAGGAUUAGUGCUGGCUUCUCGGCUGCCGCAUGUGGGGUGACUCCGGAUCUUUCUCCUUUACAAGAGCCACCCUUUGCAGCAUUCCCCCUUUGGAGGAACCACUUAGACACUUCCAGCUAGUGGCAGGGGAUGCGGCCAUAACACAGCUCCUCCGGUCCCAGCUGCCUCCACUACAGCCUCUGCACCAGGAUGGCUGUGCUCUCCUCCAGAGGGGAAGGCUCAGCAAGGUGUAGGAUGAGAUCUGGCCCCUGCUGUGGUGGGUUUUGAAAGCUGCAGUUUCCCCAGCAUCUCUGCCUCUCUGCCUCUUGGAUGCCUUUCUGCUCAGGCUUCUCUCCUGCGAGGGCUAUGCUGCUCUAUGCCUGAUUAGAGGUACCCAAGGAGAUCACCUUUCUCAGAGAAAGCUCUGCGCGCUGCUUGAGACAGGGUCUUUUUCAAAUGCAUUAUGGCUCAUGCCGCCUCCCAGUUAAAGAAAAACAGGGAUUUAGAAAUCAAUGCGGAAGAAGAGACUGAGAAAAAAAGGAAACACCGCAAACGGUCCCGGGAUCGCAAGAAAAAGUCUGAUGCCAACGCAAGUUACUUAAGAGCAGCUCGGGCAGGGCACCUGGAAAAGGCCCUUGACUACAUCAAAAAUGGAGUGGACGUCAACAUCUGUAACCAGAAUGGAUUGAAUGCACUCCAUCUUGCUUCCAAAGAAGGCCAUGUGGAAGUGGUCUCUGAGCUGCUGCAGAGGGAAGCCAAUGUUGAUGCCGCCACAAAGAAAGGAAACACGGCCUUACACAUCGCAUCUUUGGCUGGGCAAGCGGAAGUGGUCAAGGUCUUGGUUACGAACGGAGCGAAUGUCAACGCACAAUCUCAGAAUGGCUUCACACCAUUGUAUAUGGCAGCCCAGGAGAACCACCUGGAAGUCGUCAGGUUUCUUCUGGACAAUGGCGCCAGCCAAAGCCUGGCCACAGAGGACGGCUUCACGCCAUUGGCCGUGGCUCUGCAACAAGGUCAUGACCAAGUCGUGUCCCUCCUGCUCGAGAACGACACGAAGGGAAAAGUGCGCCUCCCAGCCCUCCACAUCGCAGCCCGGAAAGACGACACCAAGGCAGCAGCUCUGCUCCUGCAGAAUGACACAAACGCGGACGUGGAGUCAAAGAUGGUGGUGAAUAGAGCAACUGAGAGUGGCUUCACCCCGCUCCACAUAGCUGCCCACUAUGGGAACAUCAAUGUGGCCACGUUGCUGUUAAACCGAGCGGCUGCUGUGGACUUCACCGCACGGAAUGACAUCACUCCCUUACACGUUGCCUCGAAGCGAGGAAAUGCAAAUAUGGUGAAGCUAUUGCUGGACCGGGGUGCGAAGAUCGAUGCCAAGACCAGGGACGGUCUGACUCCGUUGCACUGUGGGGCGAGAAGUGGCCAUGAGCAGGUGGUAGAGAUGUUGCUUGACAGAUCCGCCCCCAUCCUUUCAAAAACCAAGAAUGGAUUGUCGCCACUGCACAUGGCCACACAAGGAGACCAUUUAAACUGCGUCCAACUCCUCCUCCAGCACAACGUGCCCGUGGACGACGUCACCAACGACUACCUGACUGCCCUCCAUGUGGCUGCCCACUGCGGCCAUUACAAAGUUGCCAAGGUUCUUUUGGAUAAGAAAGCUAGCCCCAAUGCCAAAGCCCUGAAUGGCUUCACCCCUCUCCAUAUCGCCUGCAAAAAGAACCGCAUCCGAGUAAUGGAACUCCUUUUGAAGCACGGUGCAUCUAUUCAAGCCGUAACCGAGUCGGGCCUUACCCCAAUCCAUGUUGCUGCCUUCAUGGGACAUGUAAAUAUCGUGUCACAGCUAAUGCAUCAUGGAGCCUCCCCAAACACCACCAAUGUGAGAGGAGAGACGGCAUUGCAUAUGGCGGCUCGGUCCGGACAAGCAGAAGUGGUGCGGUAUCUGGUCCAAGAUGGGGCUCAGGUAGAAGCAAAAGCUAAGGAUGACCAGACUCCACUCCACAUCUCAGCCCGACUUGGGAAAGCUGACAUAGUGCAACAACUGUUACAGCAAGGAGCAUCCCCCAAUGCAGCAACAACUUCUGGGUACACCCCCCUUCACCUUGCGGCCAGAGAGGGGCAUGAGGAUGUAGCUGCGUUCCUCCUGGAUCAUGGAGCAUCUUUAUCCAUAACAACAAAGAAGGGAUUCACCCCUCUGCACGUGGCAGCCAAAUACGGAAAGCUUGAAGUCGCAAGUCUCCUGCUGCAGAAGAGUGCGUCUCCCGAUGCCGCAGGGAAGAGCGGGCUAACUCCACUGCAUGUAGCAGCGCAUUACGAUAAUCAGAAAGUGGCCCUUCUGCUCUUGGACCAGGGAGCCUCACCCCACGCAGCCGCAAAGAAUGGCUAUACACCACUGCACAUCGCGGCCAAGAAGAACCAGAUGGACAUAGCCACGUCCCUGCUGGAGUACGGUGCUGAUGCAAACGCGGUUACCCGGCAAGGGAUUGCGUCCGUCCAUCUUGCGGCACAGGAAGGGCACGUGGACAUGGUGUCGCUGCUCCUGAGUAGAAACGCGAAUGUCAACCUGAGCAAUAAGAGCGGUCUCACCCCACUCCACCUGGCUGCUCAAGAAGACCGAGUGAAUGUGGCCGAGGUCCUUGUCAACCAGGGGGCCCAUGUGGAUGCUCAGACAAAGAUGGGCUACACCCCGCUCCAUGUGGGCUGUCACUAUGGAAAUAUCAAAAUAGUCAAUUUUCUGCUGCAGCAUUCUGCAAAAGUUAAUGCCAAGACGAAGAAUGGAUACACAGCACUGCACCAGGCUGCUCAGCAGGGCCACACGCAUAUCAUCAAUGUCUUGCUUCAGAACAACGCCUCCCCCAAUGAACUCACUGUGAAUGGGAACACAGCUCUGGCCAUCGCCCGGCGCCUUGGUUACAUCUCGGUGGUUGACACACUGAAGGUCGUGACGGAGGAAAUUAUGACCACCACUACCAUCACGGAGAAGCACAAAAUGAAUGUCCCAGAAACGAUGAAUGAAGUCCUCGAUAUGUCAGACGAUGAAGUAAGGAAAGCCAGCGCCCCCGAAAAGCUCAGUGAUGGGGAAUAUAUCUCAGACGGUGAAGAAGGUGAUAAAUGCACAUGGUUCAAAAUUCCCAAAGUACAGGAGGUUUUGGUGAAAAGUGAAGAUGCCAUCACAGGGGACACUGACAAGUAUCUCGGGCCACAGGACCUUAAGGAGCUAGGUGAUGACUCCCUGCCAGCAGAAGGUUACGUAGGCUUCAGUCUUGGAGCCCGUUCUGCCAGUCCCAAGAUAAGUUCGGAUAGGUCCUACACCUUGAACAGAAGCUCCUACGCAAGGGACAGCAUGAUGAUAGAGGAACUUCUGGUACCAUCCAAAGAGCAGCACCUGACGUUCACGAGGGAGUUUGAUUCUGACUCCCUCAGACACUACAGUUGGGCAGCGGACACGUUAGAUAAUGUGAACCUGGUCUCAAGCCCGGUGCAUUCUGGCUGCUCGUCUCCGCUGCCUCAGUAUGACUCAAGGUUUCUGGUUAGCUUUAUGGUGGACGCGAGAGGGGGCUCCAUGCGAGGAAGCCGCCACCACGGGAUGCGGAUCAUCAUCCCUCCGCGAAAGUGUACGGCCCCCACCCGCAUCACGUGCCGCCUGGUAAAGAGACAUAAACUGGCCAACCCACCCCCCAUGGUGGAAGGAGAGGGAUUAGCCAGUAGGCUGGUAGAAAUGGGUCCUGCGGGGGCACAAUUUUUAGGUAAACUGCAUCUUCCCACCCAUCCUCCCCCUGUAAAUGAGGGCGAGAGCUUGGUUAGCCGAAUCCUGCAGCUUGGGCCUCAAGGAACAAAAUUUAUUGGCCCCGUCAUUGUGGAAAUCCCUCAUUUUGGGUCCAUGAGGGGGAAGGAGAGAGAACUUAUCGUCCUUCGGAGCGAGAACGGAGAGACCUGGAAGGAACAUCAGUUUGACAGUAAAAACGAAGACCUCGCGGAGCUUCUCAAUGGCAUGGAUGAAGAACUCGACAGCCCGGAAGAGUUGGGUACAAAGCGCAUCUGCAGAAUUAUCACAAAGGAUUUCCCCCAGUAUUUUGCCGUGGUUUCCCGGAUUAAGCAGGAAAGCAACCAGAUCGGUCCUGAGGGUGGGAUUCUGAGCAGCACCACCGUGCCCCUCGUCCAGGCCUCCUUCCCAGAGGGCGCCUUAACCAAGAGGAUCCGUGUGGGUCUCCAGGCUCAGCCCGUGCCAGAGGAAACGGUAAAAAAAAUCCUUGGGAACAAAGCAACAUUUAGCCCAAUUGUCACGGUAGAGCCGAGGAGAAGGAAGUUCCAUAAGCCGAUCACCAUGACCAUUCCGGUGCCCCCGCCCUCGGGAGAAGGCGUGUCCAAUGGGUACAAGGGGGAUGCCACGCCCAACCUGCGGCUCCUCUGCAGCAUCACAGGAGGCACCUCACCAGCUCAAUGGGAAGACAUCACAGGAACAACCCCUCUGACGUUCAUAAAGGAUUGUGUGUCUUUCACAACCAACGUUUCAGCCAGAUUCUGGCUGGCGGACUGCCAUCAGGUGUUAGAGACCGUAGGGCUAGCCUCCCAGCUGUACAGAGAGCUGAUAUGCGUUCCCUACAUGGCCAAGUUCGUUGUGUUUGCCAAAACAAACGACCCGGUGGAGUCCUCGCUGAGGUGCUUCUGUAUGACAGACGACAGGGUGGACAAAACCCUGGAGCAGCAGGAGAACUUCGAGGAGGUUGCCAGAAGCAAAGACAUUGAGGUUCUGGAAGGAAAGCCCAUCUACGUUGAUUGCUAUGGAAACCUGGCCCCUCUGACCAAAGGAGGACAGCAGCUUGUUUUUAACUUUUAUUCUUUCAAAGAAAACAGACUGCCAUUUUCCAUCAAGAUCAGAGACACCAGUCAAGAGCCCUGUGGCCGCCUGUCUUUCCUGAAGGAGCCAAAGACAACAAAGGGAUUACCCCAAACAGCUGUUUGCAACUUAAAUAUUACUCUGCCGGCACAUAAAAAGGAGACAGAGUCAGAUCAAGAUGAUGAGGCUGAGAAGGCAGACAGACGCCAGAGCUUUGCCUCCCUAGCUUUACGUAAGCGCUACAGCUACUUGACUGAACCCAGCAUGAAAACAGUUGAACGGAGUUCAGGAACAGCAAGAUCCCUCCCCACCACUUAUUCACACAAGCCAUUCUUUUCUACAAGACCAUACCAGUCCUGGACCACGGCUCCAAUCACAGUGCCCGGGCCGGCCAAGUCAGGCUCCUUAUCCAGCUCUCCCUCUAACACGCCGUCAGCUUCUCCGUUAAAAUCCAUAUGGUCUGUCUCGACGCCUUCUCCGAUCAAAUCCACGUUAGGCGCCUCAACUACAUCUUCAGUCAAAUCCAUUAGCGACGUGGCGUCUCCUAUUAGAUCUUUCCGGACAGUUUCUUCGCCAAUAAAAACGGUGGUGUCGCCGUCUCCGUACAAUCCCCAGGUUGCCUCUGGUACCCUUGGGAGGGUUCCCACCAUCACAGAGGCCACACCCAUAAAGGGGCUGGCUCCCAACUCAACUUUCUCCUCUCGAACUUCUCCUGUGACGACCGCAGGGUCUCUGUUGGAGAGGUCCUCCAUCACCAUGACACCCCCUGCCUCCCCCAAAUCAAACAUCACUAUGUAUUCCUCAAGCUUGCCAUUUAAGUCCAUUAUCACAUCAGCGACACCACUGAUCUCUUCCCCUUUAAAGUCAGUGGUGUCUCCGACCAAGUCUGCAGCUGAUGUCAUCUCAACAGCUAAAGCUACGAUGGCAUCGUCUCUCUCCUCCCCCUUAAAGCAGAUGUCCGGACAUGCAGAGGUAGCGCUAGUCAAUGGGUCUGUUUCUCCUCUGAAGUACCCUUCGUCUUCAGCUUUAAUUAACGGAUGCAAAGCCACUGCCACAUUACAGGACAAAAUUUCUACAGCCACAAACGCUGUGAGCUCGGUGGUGAGCGCAGCCUCUGACACGGUGGAGAAAGCGCUCUCUACCACGACAGCCAUGCCCUUUUCCCCACUCAGGUCGUAUGUUUCUGCAGCCCCCUCGGCUUUCCAGUCCCUUAGAACUCCCUCUGCAAGUGCACUGUACACCUCCCUCGGGUCCUCGAUAGCUGCUACUACCUCAUCUGUAACUUCAUCAAUAAUCACAGUGCCAGUAUACUCGGUAGUCAAUGUUUUGCCAGAACCAGCACUGAAGAAACUCCCAGACUCUAACUCGUUCACCAAGUCGGCAGCGGCUUUGCUGUCGCCCAUUAAAACAUUGACUACGGAGACACGCCCUCAGCCCCAUUUCAAUCGAACUUCAUCUCCAGUCAAGUCGUCUCUGUUCCUGGCGUCCUCGGCCCUUAAGCCAUCAGUACCAUCUUCUUUAUCUUCCAGCCAGGAGAUCUUAAAGGAUGUGGCCGAGAUGAAGGAAGAUCUCAUGAGGAUGACUGCCAUACUGCAGACAGACGUGCCUGAGGAGAAGCCAUUCCAAACCGACCUCCCCAGAGAAGGGAGAAUAGACGAUGAAGAACCUUUCAAAAUCGUUGAGAAAGUGAAGGAAGACUUAGUCAAAGUCAGUGAGAUACUCAAAAAGGACGUGUGUGUCGAGAGCAAAGGGCCACCCAAGUCCCCGAAGAGUGACAAAGGACACUCUCCAGAGGAUGACUGGACAGAAUUUAGUUCUGAGGAAAUACGAGAAGCCAGGCAGGCUGCGGCCAGUCACGCCCCGUCCCUGCCUGAGAGAGUACACGGGAAGGCCAACCUCACUAGAGUCAUAGACUACCUGACCAAUGACAUCGGGAGCAGCUCACUGACCAACUUAAAGUACAAGUUUGAAGAGGCUAAGAAGGAUGGAGAGGAGAGACAGAAGAGGAUUUUAAAGCCAGCCAUGGCCUUGCAGGAGCAUAAACUCAAAAUGCCGCCGGCCUCCAUGAGGCCUUCCACCUCUGAGAAGGAACUGUGCAAGAUGGCUGACUCUUUUUUUGGAGCAGAUGCCAUCCUAGAGUCUCCCGAUGACUUUUCCCAGCAUGACCAAGAUAAAAGUCCCUUGUCUGACAGUGGCUUUGAAACCCGCAGUGAGAAAACACCUUCGGCCCCGCAAAGUGCCGAGAGCACAGGCCCUAAGCCGUUAUUUCACGAAGUCCCCAUCCCCCCUGUCAUCACAGAGACAAGAACUGAAGUGGUCCAUGUGAUCAGGAGCUAUGAGCCCUCUUCUGGAGAGAUCCCCCAGUCCCAGCCAGAGGACCCCGUGUCUCCCAAGCCUUCCCCUACUUUUAUGGAGUUGGAACCAAAACCCACCACCUCUAGCAUCAAGGAAAAAGUAAAAGCAUUUCAGAUGAAAGCCAGUAGUGAGGAAGAGGACCACAGUCGGGUUCUAAGCAAAGGCAUGCGUGUCAAAGAAGAGACUCACAUCACCACGACCACCAGGAUGGUGUAUCACUCCCCUCCUGGUGGCGAGUGCGCCUCCGAAAGGAUUGAGGAGACCAUGUCAGUCCAUGACAUCAUGAAGGCCUUUCAGUCCGGGCGAGACCCUUCCAAAGAGCUGGCAGGGCUGUUUGAACACAAGUCGGCCAUGUCUCCAGAUGUUGCCAAGUCUGCUGCUGAGACCUCAGCCCAGCACGCAGAGAAGGACAGCCAAAUGAAACCCAAACUGGAGCGCAUUAUAGAAGUGCACAUCGAAAAAGGUAACCAAGCCGAACCCACUGAAGUCAUUAUUAGAGAGACCAAAAAGCAUCCCGAGAAGGAAGUGUCUGUGUAUCAGAAAGACUUAUCCCGGGGAAAUAUUAACUUAAGAGAUUUUCUGCCAGAGAAACACGAUGCUUUCCCCUGCCCCGAGGAGCAGGGUCAGCAAGAAGAAGAAGAGCUGGCAGCCGAAGAGUCCUUGCCUUCUUAUCUGGAAUCCUCCAGAGUAAACACUCCAGGGUCCCAAGAAGAAGAUAGCCGCCCUAGUUCCGCACAGCUCCUGUCCGAUGACUCUUAUAAAACACUGAAGCUUUUGAGUCAGCACUCCGUAGAGUAUCAUGACGAUGAGUUGUCAGACCUAAGAGGGGAGUCUUACAGGUUUGCUGAGAAAAUGCUUCUCUCAGAAAAGCUAGAUGUGUCUCACUCUGAUACCGAGGAGUCGGUGACAGACCAUGCAGGACCCCCUAGCUCAGAGUUACAGGGGUCUGAUAAGCGAUCCAGAGAAAAAGUAGCCACUGCCCCCCCAAAAGAAAUCCUCUCCAAAAUCUAUAAAGAUGUAUCUGAAAAUGGGCUAGGGAGAGUGUCUAAAGAUGAGCAUUUUGAGAAACUGACAGUGUUGCACUACUCGGGCAAUGUCAGUGGUCCCAAGCAUGCCAUGUGGAUGCAUUUGUCUGAGGACAGACUAGACAGAGGUAGAGAGAAGCUGAUGUAUGAAGAUAGGGUGGACAGGACCGUGAAGGAGGCGGAAGAGAAGUUGACUGAAGUGUCGCAGUUUUUUCGUGACAAAACUGAGAAGCUAAACGAUGAACUGCAGUCCCCGGAGAAAAAGCCACGCCCCAAAAACGGCAAGGAUUACUCCUCCCAGAGUUCCACCAGCAGUAGCCCCGAGAAAGUGUUAACGGAGCUGUUGGCAUCCAACGAUGAAUGGGUUAAGGCCAGGCAGCGUGGCCCGGAUGGACAAAGUGUCCCUCAGGCUGAGGACAGGAAGGCACCCAGUAGGUCCAACAGCCCUGAGAACAGGGUCCCUACCCAACAGAGCGAGGAUGACCAGCCUCCAGAGGAAGCCAAAAGAACUGUCGUUGCUCAGAGCAGGGGACAAGAAGGACCCCAGUCUGGAUUUCAGCUCAAACAAUCGAAACUCAGUUCCAUUAGAUUAAAAUUCGAACAAGGGGCACGUGCCAAAAGUAAGGAUCCACCUCACGAGGAGAAACAUCUGGACGGGCCGUCCCGAAUCCCGGUUAAGAAAACUCAAGAAACCAAACUGCCCACGCACCCAGGUUUUGCUAGAGAAAAACAGCAGAAGGCUGUAGAUCCCCUAGAGGAAAGAGUGCCAGUGCAAAAUGAUGUUACGGUAUUCAAAGCCGACCAUGCCCAAAGCAAUGAGAUCGUUACAAGCAAAUCUGGCUCCGGCAAUGGCAAAAGCCACAGAACUGAGAUGUUAAGUAAGGCAAUGCCUGACUUCUUUCCUGAGCAACAGGUUGAAGACUCAGCCUGCCCCAUAACAUCAGAUCUAGAGACCAAGGGACCGUGGGACAGAAAGGUCUUUAGAACAUGGGAAAGUUCUGGGGCCAAUAACACUAAGGCCCAGAAAGAGCAACUCUCCCAUGUGCUCGUUCACGAUAUAAGAGAGAAUCACGCUGGUCGCCCUGACGAUAGUGAGAACGGUGACCCAAAGAGUGGAUUUAUGUAUGUGACUGAGAGAGAACACAAAAUGUUAACGAACGGCUCUCUCUCAGAAAUUAAGGAAAUGAGUGUAAAAUCUCCCUCCAAGAAAGUGUUAUACAGGGAGUACAUUGUUAAAGACGGGGACCCUCCCAGCAGCGCUCUCAACCAUCCCCCCAGGAGAAGUGAGAGCUCGCUAGCAUCUCACAUUCCCAUCAGGGUCACAGACGAGAGGAGGAUGCUGUCGUCAAACAUCCCCGAUGGGUUUUGUGAGCAGUCAACAUUUCCAAAACAAGAACUAUCCCCAAGAGUGUCCCGGCCAAGUAUGAGCGAAGGGGUAGUUGAGAGCCAGCACUUUAACUCCGUAGACGAUGAAAAAGUUACCUAUUCCGAGAUCAGCAAAGUUUCCAAACAUCAGAGUUACCUAGCUCUUGAUGAAACCGAGACCUCUCCCACCAAAUCUCCCGACUCAUUAGAGUUUAGCCCAGGGAAGGACUCUCCCUCUAGUGAUGUGUUCGACCACGGUUCCGUGGAUGGGUUGGAGAAGACAGAGGGGGGGAAAGAGAUCAAAACCUUACCUGUCUAUGUCAGCUUCGUGCAAGUGGGGAAACAGUACGAAAAGGAGCUCCAACCAGGAGGUGUAAAAAAGAUCAUCAGUCAGGAGUGUAAGACGGUGCAGGAAGCCAGGGGGACCUUCUAUACAGCUAGACAGCAAAAGCAGCCUCCGUCUCCCCAGGGCAGUCCAGAAGAUGAUACUCUAGAGCAAGUGUCCUUUCUAGACAGCUCUGGGAAGAGCCCUUUGACCCCGGAAACUCCCAGUUCAGAGGAAGUGAGUUACGAGUUCACAUCUAAGACACCAGACUCACUCAUAGCUUUUAUACCAGGACAACCCAGCCCGAUUCCCGAGGUUUCAGAGGAGUCGGAGGAGGAGGAGCCCAAAUCAGCCCCACUAAGGCAGGUGACCGUGGAGAAGGAAACAGAUCGUGACGUGAGCAAAGACUCUAUCCAAAGACCCAAAUGUAACCGAGUUGCCUAUAUUGAGUUUCCCCCUCCUCCCCCGCUGGAUGCUGACCAGAUGGAAUCAGAUAAGAAACAUCAAUAUCUCCCCGAAAGGGAGGUUGACAUGAUGGAGGUCAGCCUUCAGGACGAGUCUGACAAGUACCAGUUGGCCGAGCCAGUCAUCCGAGUGCAACCCCCAUCACCAGUCCCUCCCGGUGCCGAGGCCAGUGACUCCAGCGAUGAUGAGUCCUUGUACCAACCAGUCCCAGUUAAAAAAUACACCUUCAAGUUGAAGGAAGUUGACGAAGGGCAGAAAGACACGGCGAAGUCCAAAACCGCCGCCACAAAAGCUUCCAACCAGAAAGAGGCAGAUGGUAACGGGAGAGAGGGCGAAUCUGGCCUUGACUCCCCUCAGAACGAAACAGCUCAAAAUGGAAACAAUGACCAGUCUGUCACAGAGUGUUCCAUUGCGACCACGGCUGAGUUUUCUCAUGACACAGAUGCCACGGAGAUAGACUCUCUGGAUGGCUAUGACCUACAGGAUGAGGAUGACGGUCUAACAGAGAGCGACUCUAAACUCCCAAGUCAGACCAUAGACACCAAGAAGGAUGUUUGGACGGAGGGCAUUCUGAAGCCGGCUGACCGCUCUUUCAGUCAGAGCAAACUGGAAGUUAUUGAGGAGGAGGAGGGGAAAGUGGGGCUGGACGAAGAGAAACCAUCACCUUCUAAAAGCCCAUCAUCCGACAGAACCCCAGAGAAGGCCGAUCCCAAGUCAGGGGCCCAGUUUUUCACCCUGGAAGGCAGACACCCGGACAGAUCAGUGCUCCCUGAUACUUACUUCAGUUACAAAGUUGACGAAGAAUUCGCCACUCCUUUUAAAACAGUGGCGACCAAAGGUCUCGACUUUGACCCUUGGCCCAAUAACCGAGGGGACAAUGAAGUUUUUGACGGUAAAUCUCGGGAAGAUGACACUAAGCCAUUUGGUCUGGCGGUGGACGACCGCUCGCCGGCAACCACCCCUGACACAACGCCAGCCAGAACACCAACUGACGAAAGUACCCCAACUAGUGAGCCUAACCCCUUCCCAUUUCAUGAAGGAAAAAUGUUUGAGAUGACUCGCAGUGGUGCAAUUGACAUGAGCAAGAGAGAUUUUGUGGAAGAGAGGCUCCAAUUUUUCCAGAUUGGUGAGCAUACUCCUGAAGGGAAGUCAGGGGCCCAGGGGGAAGGGGAUAUGGUCACUGAUACCCCACAGCCACAGUCAGGGGACACCUCGGUAGACACCAAUCUAGAGAGAGAUGUAGUGGCACCUUCAGUCGACCCCAACCCCAGCAUCCCGAGCAACGGAGAGUGUCAGGAAGGCACAGCCUGUAGUGGCUCUCUGGAGAAGUCGGCAGCUGCCACUAACACCUCAAAAGUUGACCCCAAGUCACGCACGCCUAUAAAAAUGGGAAUUUCUGCAUCUACCAUGACCAUGAAGAAAGAAGGCUCUGGAGAAGUGACAGAUAAGACAGAGGCUGUGGUGACCAGUUGUCAGGGGUUAGAAAACGAAAUCGUGAAAGAGAUCUCGAGUGCACCCAGUAGCCAGGUGGGCAUUAGGCCCCAAGAGAAACACGAUUUUCAAAAAGAUAACUUUAAUAACAACAAUAAUCUGGAUGCUUCCACUAUGCAGACAGAUAACAGCACAAGCCACAUAGUUCUGACAGGACGCGCUGCAUCCACUUGCACCACAGAGGAAGCUAAUCCAGUAAAAGGCUCAGGAAAGAGUCCAGGGACUCAAGGACACUCCAGCAGAGAGUCUCGGAAGGAGCCGAUAGGGCUUAGGCGGAAAUCCAAGCUUCCUAUAAAGGCCACCGCACCAAAAGAUGUCUUCCCGCCAAACCAUAAGGCAGACAGUAAAACAGGUAAACCGAGGCAGGUUGGUCAAUAUGAGAAACACAAAGCCCUUCCUACUUCUUCAUGUUUAGAUGCCAAGUCCCGAAUUCCCGUCAAAAACACACACAGGGAGAACCUAGUUUCAGUCAGAAAAGCAUGCGCCACACAAAAGCGAGGGCAGCCAGAGAGAGGCAAGGCCAAACAGCCUCCAUCCAAGUUGCCAGUAAAGGUAAGAUCCACCCGUGUCACCGUCACCACCACCAACACCUCCACCACCACUACCACCACCACCACCACCACUACCACCACUACCGUUAAAGUUACAGAAAGUCAGCUUAAGGAGGUAUGUAAACAUCCCAUUGAAUAUUUUAAGGGAAUUAGUGGCGAGACCCUAAAACUUGUGGACCGCCUCACUGAAGAAGACAAAAAGAUGCAAUCGGAGUUGUCUGAUGAGGAAGAAAGUACCUCAAGGAACACGUCGUUGUCCGAGACUUCCCGGGGCGGCCAGCCUUCAGUUACCACGAAGUCUGCUAGAAAUAAGAAAACAGAGGCACCGCCCUUAAAAUCAAAGAGAGGAAAGGCCGGCAGUAGGAGGACUGGUCCGCAGAGUCCUUGUGAGCGGACGGAUAUCAGGAUGGCGAUAGUAGCCGAUCACCUGGGACUUAGUUGGACAGAGCUGGCAAGGGAACUGAAUUUUUCAGUGGAUGAAAUCAACCAAAUACGUGUGGAAAAUCCCAAUUCUUUAAUUUCUCAGAGCUUCAUGUUAUUAAAAAAGUGGGUGACCAGAGACGGAAAGAAUGCCACAACUGAUGCCUUAACUUCGGUCUUAACGAAGAUUAACCGGAUAGACAUUGUAACUCUGCUGGAAGGACCAAUAUUUGAUUAUGGGAAUAUUUCAGGCACCAGAAGCUUUGCAGAUGAAAACAAUGUUUUCCAUGACCCAGUUGAUGGUCACCCUUCCUUUCAAGUGGAGCUGGAGACCCCCAUGGGGUUGUACUGCACACCACCCAACCCUUUCCAGCAAGAUGACCAUUUUAGUGAUAUCUCUAGCAUAGAGUCUCCCUUUAGGACCCCCAGUAGACUGAGUGACGGGCUGGUGCCUUCCCAGGGAAACAUAGAGCAUCCAACAGGUGGACCUCCAGUGGUAACCGCAGAGGACACUUCUUUAGAAGACAGCAAAAUGGACGAUUCUGUAACUGUAACAGACCCGGCCGACCCACUGGACGUAGAUGAGAGCCAGUUGAAGGACCUGUGUCAGAGCGAGUGUGCUCAGUGCUGGGCGAGUGUGCCCGGGAUCCCAAACGACGGUCGGCAGGCAGAGCCACUGAGACCGCAGACUAGAAAAGUAGGCAUGAGCUCUGAACAGCAGGAAAAAGGAAAAUCUGGUCCUGAUGAGGAAGUGACAGAAGACAAGGUCAAAUCUCUGUUUGAGGACAUUCAACUUGAAGAAGUAGAGGCUGAGGAGAUGACAGAAGACCAGGGGCAGGCUAUGCUUAACCGUGUUCAGCGAGCAGAACUGGCAAUGUCUUCACUUGCAGGUUGGCAGAACGAGACGCCAAGUGGAAGCCUAGAGUCCCCAGCGCAAGCUCGAAGACUAACUGGUGGGUUACUGGACCGUCUGGAUGACAGCUCUGACCAGGCUCGGGAUUCUAUUACCUCAUACCUCACGGGAGAACCUGGGAAGAUCGAAGCAAAUGGAAACCACACAGCGGAAGUCAUUCCAGAAGCAAAGGCAAAACCCUACUUCCCGGAAUCCCAAAACGAUAUAGGGAAACAGAGCAUCAAGGAGAACCUGAAACCAAAAACACACGGAUGUGGUCGCACUGAGGAACCAGUGUCGCCCCUCACAGCCUACCAGAAAUCUCUGGAAGAAACCAGCAAGCUUGUCAUAGAAGACGCACCUAAACCCUGUGUGCCUGUCGGCAUGAAAAAGAUGACCAGGACUACGGCUGACGGCAAAGCCAGGCUCAACCUCCAGGAAGAAGAGGGGUCCACCAGGUCAGAGCCUAAGGUCAAAAGCCCGGGCGAAGCGUUUACGCGGAUGACCGCCUGCUGUUACAAGGACUUGAGAAACAGUGAGAGUGAUUCAAGCUCAGAGGAGGAGCAGAGGAUCACUACCCGGGUCAUACGAAGGCGUGUGAUUAUAAAGGGGGAGGAAGCCAAAAACAUCCCUGGUGAAUCUGUCACAGAAGAGCAAUUUACUGAUGAAGAAGGCAACCUCAUCACGAGAAAAAUCACUCGGAAAGUAAUAAGACGGAUUGGUCCACAAGAGAGGAAGCAGGAUGACGUGCAGGGAGAAGGCUAUAAGGUGAAGACGAAGAAGGAAAUCCGGAACGUGGAGAAGAAAACCCACUAGUGACAGUGACGUCAGUCCAGGACCACUUGGUCAUACUGCCAGUAUUGAGAAACUCACCAGAGAUCAGCAGGAAGAAAAAUAGUCACCAAGAGUGGAGUGUGGGUCAGCUGCUUCCACCACACGUCAGUGACACGAUUUUUUUUUUGUAAACGCAGAAGGAAAACGAAAAUCACAUUUUUUCUUUCAUUUAGCAUGAGCCGAUCUACAAAGCAUGGAAACUCACAUUCAUUCCCGGCACUGAAAUGCACACUGAGCAAGUGCAGUGUACGACACAGGAAGCCAUGUUCUUCAGACCCGGUCUCAAGUAAUUUAGUGUCAUUUUCAAAGAAGACAGACAAAACAACACCUGUGCCACCCAGGAGGAGGGGCAGCAGAGGACGGAAUGAUCAAAUCAAGAAGACACACUAAAAUUACUAAAUUCACAACAGCUCGCCUUAUUUUUCUCGGACCCAAACUAACUGUCAGGGUAUAAACACUGUUCCUUUCUUUCUUUCUUUCUUUCUUUCUUUUUUUUUUUAAAGAAAAAUAAUAAUAAUAAUAAUGAAAAAAAUCAAUAGUUUUGCUGUAAAUAAUAACACUGUAAAUUCUAACAGAAGAAACUACAAUAAAGAAUUAUAAGGCACCCGCCUCACAGAACACAAAGAUAUCACAAAUGCAUCCAAGGACAGGCGUCCCAAGUGACUUCACCCUGGACAAGGAUGGGGAUCCAGCGCUCUCGGGACUCUUUCACUGACUCUUGUAUAUUAGCAAUUAUGUUUGUACACGCAAAACUGCUAGCUUGAUUUUAAAAGAAAAAAAAUGCAAAUCUUUAAAAAGGAAAAAAAAAAAAAAACCUGCUGCAAAUUUAAAUAAUUCCCCAAACGAGGAAUUCUGUAGUUCUGUGAAAAAAAAUUUUUUUUUCUUCAGAAUAUUAAUAUUUUGAUGCAUGCAUAUCACCUUAUUUUGAUUAAAUCUUUUCCAAUUUUGCAAACACUACAGUCUCCUGCAACAUGGGAGAUUUUAUCUGUAAACACAAAGCCCUUCAUCUAAUAUUUAUUGCUAUUGCCAAUUUUUCAAUGAAAUGACCAAAAAUGGAAAAAAAAAUAACUAUACAGUAGUUUGCUUGGGGGUGGGGGGAGGGGCGCUGUUAGUGCUUACAGGGGGGAAAUGCUUGCCACUGUAGAAGUGGAUGGUGCUCACAAGAGGCCCCAGUCGUGGGUAUUUAAAAAAAUGGACUGACCGGAAAUCCGUAUCUAGCAGGAUCGAAGCGCACUGUAAAAAAAAAAAAAAAGACAAAAAAAAAAAAAAAAAAGAUCGCUGUAUUGUGUACUGGCUCUGAGAUGUAGACCCCUUUCAGCAAGCCAAUCACUAGUAACCAUCCCAGCAGUGCCCCCAUUAGGUUAGCGGGGCUGCCGCGUUUUAUAGAGCAUUUUUCUUUGGGUUUGGUGAGGUUCCUUCAUUCACUAUCUUAACUUGAAAUCGACCUCCACGGACACCUAGCUCUAAAUGACAUGUAUGAGAAAAGCAGACGCCGGAUAAGCUAGUCGAUUAUUUAAGCAUAUAAAAUAAACUGUGUUCAACUCUUCACCUACUUGGGUUCCACAGUGUUCUUGUAUCCUCUGGCAAAACCUAGCUGUCUAAUCCCCAGUCACAGGGGCCCUGUCUGUGCCUCCAGUCACUAAAGCCAUACUCUGGAACGUUCUGCUCUCUCCCGAAAACACCCACCUUGCAUAAACUCUGUGCACUUUGUGGGGGAGCUAAGAAUUUAAAGAUGAAGUAAUCUUCGUCUAUUUAGGCUCUUCUGCCCCAUAGAAGAAGAUGGGAUUUAUAAGGCCAGUGUGUCAAGAAGUUAUGCUGUUCCCAGGGAGCAUCUAUCUGUGGUUGAUUUUUUUUUUUUUUUUUACCCCCCAGGAAGCAUUGGUUUAGGUUUUGUGUCAUUAGUUUGCGGGCUUGGAGAUUUUGUCAUCACUGUUCUUGAGACAAGGUCUCAAAAUGUCUGCUUAGUUUCUUAACUGAUAUGUUGUCAGAGCUUACAGAUUGAGAAAUUUUGCUAAUAACUCGAGAUUUUUUUAUUUUACCAGUUUAUUUUGGUACUGGUCAUCAUGCAUGCUAAAAGAUGUGAACUACCACUAAGCAGCACCCUCGGCCUUCCCUGGAUAUUUCUGAGACGGCCUCACUAGCUGGUCCAAGCUGGCCUUGACUUUCCGAGGCUUCUGCCCUGUUUACUUAAGAGGGCUGCGCCACCAGACUGAACAGGGGUUCUCUUGUGAAGCAACCUCCGGCAACAGCAGACCGCCCACUCCAAAAGACGUUGUAGGUGUGACCCCUACUCUCUCCAGCUACAUUUGUGAUCCCCGUCAUCCUAGCCUUAUUUCCUACCUAACCCUGAGAGGCACUUGGAGUUUGGGGCCCACUGAUUUCAUAACUCAAAGAGUUCAAAGAUCUCAUGCCUUUGAUUCAACUUUUACCCCGGCCCACAGCCAGGCAUGGCACAUUAGGGGUGGUAUCUCUCACCAUCCUAAACUUCAAGUCCACACUAUAACAUUUUUCUUCUAAAUACAUUCCAUUCAUUGACUCGGUCCUUACCACCACUGUGUGAGUUAGAUACUAUCUUUGAUGUAACAGGCCCCAUAUAGUAUUAAUGAAUGCUUAAUGUCAUUCAAGGCUGUUAUUGCCUGUCCUAUGGGAUGAAUAUUCUCCAGAAUUCCAGCCAGAAGACAAGUACCAGAGAGCCUAUUUGGUCUAGAGAAGCCGCUUUCAAUAAACAAAGAGGCAGAGAGUACAUUUGCAUGUCAUUUGCAUGAUGUCUGUGUCUACACCCCCAACCCCUGCCAAUCAGAAACAUCUAAACGACAAGCUGCCACACCUGAAAGUUUUUUUAAAAGUCCCCAAAGCUUCUACAUAACUAAUAACAGAAUAUAAGAAUGUUAACAUCUCAUUUAAGAGCUAUGAAUUCCAGACCCUCUGGCGUUGCUAGAGAUUAUUCAGAUUUAGAAACUUAAUGGGGUUAUGUUACAUGCCUGGAAAUGUGACUUCAGGAACAGGUUGAGAGGUUCAGAUGACACCAAAGCCAUGAGUUGACCCAGAAGUCUCUGAAGUACGAUAGAUUUUAUUUACGCCUCUAACUUCUGUAUAUACUGCACCGAAAUGGGACAUAAUGUUUGUAUUUCCCUGUCAGCUCACUUAAAUGUAUUAAGAUUUUUCUUUGACAUUUUUGUAAAGAGAGAGAGAGAGAGAGAAAGAAAGAAAGAACUGUGACUGAUAAAAUCCUGAGAUUUGCCACUUCUCCUUUAUACAUUUUUACCCAUUUGUUAACAUGAAAGGGUUGUUUCUAGAAGGGACUCUCUUCACUGGCCACUCAAGCAACAGAGCUGGCUCUCUCACACUGGUAUCCCAGCAUCCCACCAUGUUCUUCUUAGCCGUCACCUUGGGGCUCCAUACAAUGGAAGUUUCUCUCCAUGGUUAAUAAACGUCGAUGGAAAAGUG